AUGCGCUCCGCCAGCUCCGAACUGUUGCUGGAUACCAAGCAGCAGCAACUCCGCAAGAAGAAGCUGCUGGAAUUAGCGGCGGCCAAGAAUCAAAAACGGGGCACCCCGCGGACGUUCCGAGAGAAAGUGUGGUUCUAUUCCACGAUGUCGUUCGCCAUGAUAGCCGUGGGCUCGGGCUCGGCGCUGCUGUUUCUCGUGCCGCUGUACGUGGACCCGGCCGUGUCCACGCUGCUGGCCGACUUCGAUCCGGAACCGGUCCAAUGCAAGACGGUGCGCCACGAGCAGCUGACCGGUUUGUACAACUGCACGUGGAGCUCGUGCCGAGAGGGGUGCACCAGCGACAUGUACAACUGCAGUCACAUUUACGUGGUGUACAAGACAGCCGGUGGAGGCGGCGGCGGUGGCGACAGUGGCGGAGACAUCGGCGACGCGGGAGACGACGGUCGCCGUGGCCGCGGUGGUGGUACAGGUGCAGGUGGCUACGACAACGGCAGAAUCUACGAGCGGGAAGCCGUGCUCCUCGUAAACAUCAAGGGCUGCGGGUACCCGCCGGCCGUGGUUUGCUCCAACUUCACAAAGGCGUACGGCCAGGUGGGCUUCACGUUCCCGUGCCACUAUUCCCGGCAGAAUUACACGCUGACCAUGGUCGGCUACGACAAACGGCAGCAGUACGCAGACAUAGUCCACUUCUUCGCCGUGCCGUUCACCAUUUGCGUCAUCACGUCCAUCGUGCUGUGCGUCAUGCACUGCGACUGCCAGUCGACGGCCACUGCGUCUCGACCAUCAGAACCGUCCAGGAGUUCUGCGGGACACUCACACACCGAGGGGUUCAGGUACGCGCCCAUAAACAAUAUUAUUGCUACAAUAACAUUUUGGAAUAGAAGAAAAUGUGUUCUAUGCCGGACGUGCGUCAGGGGUUAAUUUAGGCACUUUUCCCCUCCCUCCGAUAUCUUAUAAACAUAUAUUUUAUUAACAUUAUGUUUUUUUUCAUAGAUAACAUUAUCUAAUUCCGUGAUUCUCAGCCGGUGUGUCGCGUAUUAUUAUAACGCUAGUCGACGAAAUAAUUGUUUUUGAAAUUCGAUUUGAAUGAAUACCAUAAGUACAAAAUUAAGCACAAGAAUAUAAGUAAAUAAAAAAAAGGCAUUAGCCGAUUAACGCGGUCAAUUGUGUCAUCAUUUUUAAAAGUCUAAAUUAGGGUGCUAUCGAAAAAAUACUGGACCACUGAAACCACUGAAAUAACAUAAUUUUUUUUCAAGUUUAAUUUUAACCCUGCGCCCUCCCAACUACAACCAUGUAAAACUACUAACAGAAAUUAUAAGUAGCAUAAUAUGAUUCCAUACAGGAAUAAUAAUUAUUCACCGCGAAUAUUCAAAUGUACAAACACGAAAAAAUAAUUUCUACUUGAUAUUUUGAAUCUUGAUACUUAAAUUGUAAACAAUUAUAGUAUUAUCACAUUUUGCAUUGCUCGCAAUAUUGUAGAAAUUAAUACAUUUUGUUAAAAUAUAGUGUAGUGUUUUACAAAUUUUAUUUGUUCUACGUCCCCUUACAGAUUUUCGAAAAUCUCACGCUUCCACCUGUUAAUUAAAAAUAUGAGGUAAAUUGUUUUUAUUUGUUAAUUUGUACAUUUAUGUUUUAUUCUUACAAUUUCAUCAUCACUAUAUUACCGCCCGCGCAGUAUCAAAAUUCCUCCCUAGAGAGGAACUUUUUCCCGUUGGGAAACACUGGUACAGUAUGUUAUAUACGACUCCGAAAUUUUAGUUUUGUGAUUACCGCGAUUGAAAAUAUAACGAUAUCGAACCGGUCACUGUAAUAGAAUUUUGUUUUUAUAAUGGAUAAACGAUGGAGUCUUGGCGAUGGAGUUAAUGUAGUUUUACGGAAAUUUUUACAAACUUUUACAUUUUUUAAUAUUAGUAGGAUUAUUUACGCUCUCGAUACGAUAGUAUAAUUAUUUAAUGCGAUCUGAGAUAGCAAAGAAAAAGUUCAGAACUGUCUCGGGCCGGACAUUGUGCACGGGUGAAAGCUUGUAUUUAGACUCGGGUAUAUAAUAUAAUAUCACAAACGAAACGAAAUAAACUCGUUUGGGAGUCAUAAUUCAAAAGUAAAAUACUUUUGUGGAAAUGAUAAAGUAAAUUUGUUUUUUAAAAAAAAAUUCUACAUUCGGUGGUAAUGACUUGAGCGUUCGCGUAAUAAAUAACGUACCUACAGUUAAAGUGACGAAUGCGCGUUGACUAGAAUUCCAAACUUUUAGUAAAAGUAAUUAUAUUCUAUCCUGUAGCUUAAACGACCCCCGAAAGACGCGUUUUAAUUCGUUUAAAACGAACCACACAAGUAAAAAUACCGUUUUAAUUAGAUCGUUUAGAAAAAACGCGUUUUUUUUUUUUUUUUUUUUAAUGUAAUAUUAGUUAUAAAUAGUUCUGUUUGGAAAAAAAUGAAAAAACGACCAGAGGUGGAGUCGGAAAUGGGGAAAUGUUUAUGCAAUUUUAUUAUUUUAUUUAUUGAUGGCCUAUAGUUAAAUACAUAGCAGCGAAUGGAAUAGUAUUAUACCUAUAUAUUAUUGUUUGUUCUUCUCGUUUGUCUUCAUCCCAAUAAUUUCGAUCGCUCUCUGCGGUUUUGAAAAACACUUCACCAUAAUAAUAAUAAAAACAAAAAAACAGUAAUGUGCUAAAGACUGGAUUGAAAACUGCGUAUAACUCGCCGUGUAUCUGACGGAGUUAAACGGAAAAUUAUGUUUUUUUUUCAUAUUGAAUUUUUAUCAAAAAUAUUAGAUAUUCAGAGAGUACAAAGUCUAUGAAAUAAUUUUCCGUUCGAAUCGUUCUUUAUUUAACGUCGCUUCAGAUAUUAUAGUGGACUCGAUACAUCAUAUUAUAAUGUACAAUAACAAAUAGUUAUAAAAUAAUUGGUCGAGUAUUAAUACGAUAUAAGUCAGUUAGAUCAAGUUGAAAUUCAUCUCAUCGUCUAUUUCCAAGCUCCAAGAAUCAUUUUCCCACCCUCCACAUCUAUCUUCAUUUCCAUCCAAAAUAUCUCUACGCGACGAUGUCUUAUAGAAGAAACUGACCAACACAAUUAUAAUUCCAAACAAUUCAAUCAUCAAUUAAAGCAACUCAUCUUAUCACUCAGCUCAAAACCAUAAUUCUUCCAUACAUUUACCCUCUGGAAAAAUCGUGAGUUUGUUACAGAGAAAUGUACACAAUGCUGUAUGAUGUACCUAUGUUAAAAUAAGUAUAGAAACGUAGUAAUAAAAAUGAGUUAAAAAUGAAAAAACCAGACCAGGAAAGUCGAAAAUAUCAUUAAAUAAAAUAGUUCAUUUGUUACAUGUUAAUUAAUUAGAUCUUUAUUGUGUCUAUCAUUAAAAUUAAGAAAACAGUUAAGUAAUAUUAUAUUUAUACACAAUAAGCUAAAAAACAAAGAAAGAAAAUAGGCAUUCACCGCUAUAAAUUCACAACACUAAUUACCUAUGUAAUAAACACCCUGUAUAUAAUAAUUAUAAUAAAGACCCCUAUUCGGGAAUGGGGGAAUAUUCACCAUCAAGGUUAAUUUAGCAAGCUGCUGAAAAUUUAACAGCGAAUUCAUAAUGUUAUCAACCACGAAUUACCGGCAACCAUAUUAUUAUUAUUAAUAGAACGUCUAACCUUUUGUUUUUUUUUUUACGAAAACACGUUAUUUCAAUUUAAAUAAUUAUUACAAAUUUAAUGAAAAUUGUAACGUAGUAUUCUUUUUUUUUUUUUUCUGUAUGGUAUUCGUGUAACUACCUAUAAUAUAAUAAUAGGAACGUAUAGUGCUGUUUGAAAUAAUAAUUUUUUUUAAUAUAAUAAUAUGUUAUAAUCAUACGUGUACAUACAGAGACAGUAGGUAUUACUACCACGUAAUGAUAACAUUUCAUUUUCGUGUUAGAAAAAAAAAAUAGGUUCCUCUAUACCCAAUAUAAUAUCGUGGGAUAUACGAAUAUAAAAAAGUGUGCUAUUCGUGCGUAUAUGAUAAUAAAAAAAAUAUACAUAUUUAUCACACGGGCAUACCGCAUACACAAUUGCAACUUUCGUGUCAAAUAAUAUUAUUAGGUAUACUUGUCAUAGUAAAUAUUAUAUUCUAAUUUCGUUAUAUAAUGAUAAUAUUAUAGUUGAACUUUAUCUUCAGUGGCGUGCUCAGCAUAUUCAUGUUUAGGGCAGGGAGUUGAAUCUGAAUAUAACUAGUUAUAUGCAUAAAAUCAUUAAACAUACCUAUUAUUUUUAGGUACAAUACCCGGUGCCUACUAUAUCCCCUUCAAACAACAUAUAAUAUUUACUCUCAUAUAGAAUCUCAUAUAUAAUAUGAAAUUCUAAAGCCAAACGAAUAAUUUUACGUUUGUAUGAGCUUCUGGAAUAAUAAGUAAUUCUGGCUCAUCUUUAAUGUGCGGAAAAUUGAAUAAUUGUAUACCUUUGUGCUUAGGCCCAGAAAAAGAUGGAGUUAAGUCAAUUUUCUAUUGUUUGAAAUGCAAGGAAAUUAAAUUUGAGAAUUACUAAAUUGCCGCAUAAUAAACAUGACUUUUGUCUUUUUUCCCAAAUAAAAAGUACAUUAUAGUGACUGAAGAUAUUGUAAUUUUCGGUAUAAAGUGUAUUAAAAUAUACAUACGCUCAUGUCAUCUAGAUAAAAAAAUAGGAAAUUACAAAAGAAAAUCCAAAAAUUUAAUGAAUAUAUUCCAACCAAAGAUAUAAUUUAAAUCUUGUACGGUAAUAGUAAUUAAGUAAACGAUUGAUACGGUGGCUUUGUAUUAAAUAUUGUCACCAACAAUUAAUACAAGACAAUAAUUACAUGAAAUUCAUAUAGCAUACAUACCUAAAUUAUUUACCAAAAAAGUUCAAGAGAGAGAUAUGAAAACACCCUCCUAUGAGCACGCCCUUGUUUAUCUUAUCCGCUUAGUUGACGGAAAGUAUCAAACACGUACAAAAGAGGGUUUCCGGGAAGAAGGGCGAGCGUUAAAUAUCUCCAUGGGAUUUUAAGAAAGUUUAUAAAAUAUGUUGUUUUUACAAGAUGUAACGUUAACUAACCUUCAUUUUUUAGGUAUAAUCUUGUUGUAACCCCAUAAAUAUAAUAUCAUUUUCGUCUACAUUACCGUAGUAUAUCUUUCGAUAUAGUUAAUGGUUUUAUUCAAUUCAUUCUCAAAUUAUAUAAAAUAUUGUCUAACUCAAUGCUCUGAUUAACUACUUAAAAAUUAGUAGGCAUAUUAUAAGUGAUGCUCGUAAUAAAUUGUUUUUUAUACAUGCAUAUAAAGUCGUAAUUAGGACUGGGAAUGUAUAAUACACCAUAAAAUAUCAAUAAUGCUUGUAUGCCCUUAACAUACUAAAUAAUGCGCCUAUAAAAUAAGUUCUCUAAAAAAAUGGAAUAAAAUGACUUAAAAUCAAAAUCGAAGUUCCUUAUUCACAUUCAAAAGUAUAUGAAACGAAUUUGUAACAAAACGAGCAUCGCAGUUGCUGCAAGCUUUGGAAACAAUGCAAUAAAUUCCAUUGAAAUCCCAGUCUUAGUAAUAAUAAAGUUAUUUAUUAAAGUUCAAACCGAAGGAAUAAAAGAAUAGAAAUUGAUGAUAUUUUUUCAAACAAUUUUUAUAAUAUUAUUAUGCAUUUAAAAAUAAUUAAUUAAUUCGAUUAAAUAUAAACAAAUUAUAAUAUUAUUAUUAGCCACAGAUUAAAAAUUAACAUUUUUACUAUUAUUUUUAUAAAAUAUCUAUAACUUUUCCAUUUUUCCAUUCAGACUCCUAUUGAUCAGUGAUACGAUAAUUAUCUAUAUGAAGAUAAAAUAUAGAUAACAAUUUAAUUGUUUAGAUAAUGAUUAAUAGUCACACUUUUUAUCUAGUAAUAAAAAGAUGAUUUUGUUCACUGCAGAUUAUCACGAAAUUAAGAUCUAAAAGUAAGUAAAAGUGUACAACAUUUGGAACCUACAUGUUUGUACUUAGAAAAAUUAGUGUGAUCAAAAACACGUAAUAAUUAACUUAUUUUACUAUAUUAAUAUAAAUUAUAUAGUUUGUAUAGUUUGACUAUUAUUUCCAACGAUCAUACAAAUUUAAAAAGAUUUAUGGAGAUGGAUUUAUUUAGAUGAACCAAUUAUUUAUCUCUGAUAACUUAUAUAUCAUUUAUCUAGAUAAGAUAAAACAUAACGUUUCUAAUUACCUAUUUAUACUAUUGCAAUUUAUUGUAAAAAAAAUAAAAAAUAAAAAUAUUUCAAUAAUUUAAUGACAUAGAAAGUAGGAUAAUAUAAUAACUCAUGAUCGACAUCAUUUUUUUUUUCGCCGUGGACAUCUAACACCGUAUUUAUUAGAAAACAGAAACAUUUAAUACCUAAUAUUUUUGCGUUUACGGUGUUCAAAUGAAUUUAUGAGAAAACCUAGAGCCAAAAAAUUAGCAUUGAGGUUAUGACGAAGGUGGGUAGAGGGGUAGAGUAGGUGAGAUCGAAAAAAUUCGAAUGUUAAAAAAUCCACAGGUGGAUGAAAUGAGUAUAUUUUCGAGUAGAAAAAAAAUUGUCUUACAAUAGGUACCUGUAUAAUGGUAUAAUAGUAUAAUUUCAGCAACGCGAUCCGAUUAUUUUUCUCGUUUGUAAAAAUAUAUUACUCAAAGUUCGUCCAUAAAUAAUUACAAUGCGAGUAAAUCGUUUACAACGCCGGUUAUAUAAUACAAUUUACAAUCAUUUAUUAUUUCAAUAUUUUUAUUCGGAAGCAUUUCGUAUAUCAUAAAUAAUAUUAUAACGGGUGGGGGGACGGACCUUUGUGGGAUGGGGGGGACGCGUACGGGGUGUGUGACAUUCGGCAAUCAAUAAAAUUAGGUACGGGCGAGGAGGGUUUGCGUAUAUAUUAGACGCAGAAAAAUGCCGGGGUGAAAAUAUAUUCCUAAAUUCAGAAUAAAUAUUUUUAUUUGUUAAUUCCCCCCCUCCACCUUCUCUUGUUUAUAAUAUAUCGCUGCAGGCCGGCAAAUCGCUCGUGGAAAUUAUAAUUUAAAUAUCACACGUUCAGACCAAAAACCGUGAGACGGAAAGCGAGAAAAACAUUUUAUUAAUACAAUAAAUAAUCUUCGACGGCUGGCUGAACAUUUUUUACAUCACGAGUUUAGUUGCCCGUUCAGUCGGCACAAUAAUAUAUUAAUAAUAUAAUAAUAUGCAACGUACUAUUUUCGGGAUAGACAUUUUACAAAAUUAAUGCGUUUACCUGUGAGCGGAAAAAAAUAAACAUAUAUAUUGUAUUAUAAAAAAAAAAAAAAUCACGAAUAAUCGAUUUAUUUUAUUUUUAAGUUUUAACGUAUUAUAUCGCAUUGAACGGAAUGAGUGUUAAUCCCUCCUUUUAAGAAUUUCGGGUGUUGUUCUUAUUUCAUGGAAUAGGAUAUUCUGGAUAUUUGGUCUGUUGGAACGUGCGGUCACUUUUAAGGAGAGUGAGUGGCCAAUAUACGAAAUUUUCUGGAGGACCUCUGGUUCGGUCAAUAUUAUUUAUUGAUAAAUUGGAGUUUUGUAAUUUGUAGAUAAUUUGUGAUAAACUACAGUAUCAUAUUUAUGAAUUUAUCACGGGCAUGGAAGCAGGGGAUAACUAUAAUUGACCAAAGAAAUAACCGAAGACUGCUUUUCCUCCUACCCCCCCCCACCCAAAAAACCCCCAAACAGCCAUAUAAUCAAUACAAACUCCAUAAAAUAAGAAUCCGAUAAAAAAAAUCAUUUGAGGUUCAUAAUAUUGUAAUAAUUACAGAUAAUAUAAUAACAUGAUGUAACUGUGCAACUAGUCUGCAUAACGCAAAAUCUAAUUUCGUCCGGUAGUAUUUUAAUGUCUCGAUGACACGACGAUAACAAAUUUAAACGAAUAGUGGAAAGAAAAACCAUAAAUAAUAAUUGCCAAACAUACAACUGGAAAAAAUACUAUCACUUACAAACCGUAUACUAUAGUAAGUAUAGUUUAUACCUUUGUAAUUAAUUACAUAACCACGGCUCGUAUCCCCCACUGAUUACCCUUGUUGCCCCCCUCCCCCACUUAGCCCGUAAAUAUAUACAACACUGGGGAUGACAGUUUAACGAUUGCUUCGUGGUAAUUCCGGUUAUUCUACGUCGAGAACUCGAGUUUCUGAUGUAAAUCCAGAUUGCGCUCGGAAUCAAUAAUAAUAAUAAUAAUAAUAAUAUAACCGUUUAAAAUAACAAUAAUUAGGUUACGCAUUGUUAUUAUUAUAGUAAAAUAUAAUAGCUAGCCAAUAGCCAAUAUUACUGCACCGUAUAUAUAUAAAUACGGUAUACAUAAUUUAUUACGCGAGCAUCGGAACAAUUUUCAUUUCCCGCACGAGACAUUUAACAGACGAUAGAUUAUUAUUAUUAUUAUUGUUUUUUUUUUUUUUUUUUUUUUUUUUUUUCUAACGCAGUAUAAACAGUUUUAUAUCGGAGUGUAUAUAAAUUGACGUUGGACCAGUGUAUACUGCACACUGGCUAUUAUGCUCGUAUAAAUUACAACGACUAUAUAAUAUAAUAUAUUAUACCGUUAUGUAUAUACAUACACGAGUACGUCAAGUACGUGUAACGUACCGAAUUAAAGUAUAAGUAAUUACUUACUGGGAAUUUAUUGAUAACGGGCGGUAACGGUAACUAUAAUUUCGACCGGAGCGUAUAAUUUAUCGUUGUAAAUCAUUCCGAGCUGUUGGAAAACAUUGAUCUGAAAACGUGGGUUCCGGUCGUGUUGCGAUAUCAUCUGUUUCGACCGGAACAGUCUUCGCGCCGCGCGGGAUAUUGUCGUCAUUAACAAAACCCUGGUGCGAGAUUUCGCCCCUCAUAAUAAUAUUACACAAACACGCGCAUACCUUGGAUCAUAUUGUAUUACAAUAUAUACAGAGUGAUUCGUGUAUAUAUUAUAAUCGCGGACCGGCGAUAAUCUAUACGAAAACGUUGGAUUUUGAUUUGCUGCUACAGUCAUAAUCGAUGCAAUCAUUAUGGAAUCGUUUAACGAGUAUAAUACAUAUAGUGUAAAGAGUAUAAUAUUCGUAUAAAUUGCCUAAUAUUAUCCGUAUGCGUAUUUAAUACUUUUUUUUUUUUUUUACAGACACCUAGUCUGUAAUAAUUGUUCGGCUCAAACGACUGUUAUAGACGGCGGUAAAUAUAUUCGUAUAAUAAUAAUAAUAAUAAUAAAAGUUUAGAAAAAUAUUCUCUUUUCGUAUAUGAAAAGAAAAAAAAUAUAUAUAUUAUAUAUUAUAUAACGCGAGAUGCUAUUUGAAAACCAAUGUCGAUAACAUUAUAGUACAAUAUUAUGUAUAGGUAUACAUACGGAAUAAUGGUGAAAUAUUGAAAAUAUUGUAAAAACACGAUCGUUAGAUAGAUUAUAUCGCUGCGGGUUCGUUUGAUAAAAGAAUCACCCUGUGUAUAUAUUAUAACUUAUGCGUACAUAUUUACACGCACGUGCACAAACACACACACACACACACACAUGCGCACACGUAAAGUGCAUUGUGUAUACAGUAAAGUUCUCCCAACGGUUCACUAUUAUAACACACGCAUUAUGUUGCCGUUGGCUUUUGUAAAGAUCGCGUCAAAAAGAGAUUAAUACGAGGUAACAACAAUAUUUCUAUCGCCGUCACUCGAAAAUCAGACCCGGGCAACCAAAUACGAGAUAAUGAUAUUAUAAUCGAUUUCCAGCGGUUAAAAAUCUUUCCGAUCGAAUUAUAAUCUAUAUCUGCGCCUCCGUUAGACACAUAUAGGGUAUCUGCAGUACAAAAUGUUACACUAACUAUGUAAUGCAACUUAGUCGUACUAGUUAUAAUUUAUAAUAAGAAUAUACUUUUAGAUUAUUAUGAGUAUGCACAGGCAUGAUAAUAUGGUAAUAAAGGCGUAUAAACGGUUUUCAAAAAGAGGGGGAUCAAAGGAACGGCACUGGUUCGGUAAUAUUAAACUAUUAGUUUUCCUGUUAUCACACGUUGUUGAUUGAAUUGGUUAUUAUUAUUAAGUUCAAUCGACCGGUUAGUAAUUUUAAGACACCGGCGAUGCGGGAUGAUACAGUAUCAGUUCCCGCUAGACGUUAAUGAGUCUGUAUCUGCUCCGUGUCGUUACUCCUUGCGGGAGUUAAGUGGCCGUAUUGCGUCCCGUAACGAUAGCGAAUUUUGGUAGCUAGUUAAUCGAAUAUUUUAUCAGGUGGAUGCAGAUUUCACUUAGCCUAAUCAUGGUGUAGGAAAAUUCAAGUACUUGAUUUGUCACCCAGUAGUGGAUUUUCAACAUUUUUCUGGAAGGGGACCUGAAAAAUCAGGUAUCUUUUUUGAACGACAUUUUAUUGAAAUUAUAUCAGUGUCUGAGUGGGAGGUAUAUACUCUCUGGAGUCAUCUUCCUCGUAAAUCCGCCACCGUUGUCACCAACAUCCAUAGACAAAAUAUCAGAAAUCGGAAAUAUUUUAAAAAUGUUUUUUUACCAUUGCUUCUACCUGAUCAGGUUGUGAGUUGUUAUGUAUAGAAGACUUGUUCGCUCUAAAAACGGAGAGUAACAAGCAACUCACUUAAUUGUUUGAUUACAUUUGUACCAAUUACUUAGAUGACUCACACUUCCCCCGGAAAUAUGGGCUGAUAUGUCCAGUACAGGCGAUCGCACCACGAACUGUUGCGAAUUUUUCCACAUAAAAUUUAAUGCUGAGUUCACGUCUGCUCAUCCUAACAUUUUCAAUUUAAUGAACAUUUCGAAGUAGAUACAGACUGACACCUAUAUAAAGCUCCGCAGUACGAAUAUUAGGGAAAAACUAAAAGCCAGCAAAACAUUUGUAAUGUUAUUCAAAAAUGUAUUGAUCAAUUUAAACAAGGACAAUUUACCAGAGUAGAGUACGUAAAAAAAGUUUCUUUCAGGUUCAAACCACAAGUUUUUUAAUUUUUAAUUUUUUACAUUUUUAAACAUGCCUAGGGGAAUUUUCUCUUACUGUAGCCAGUCCUCAGCUUGUAAAUAGGAAGAGAAAUGUUGUUGAUUGGGAACUGAUGCGUCCAUACUACUGGCAUCGGGUCAAAUUCGAUACGGCCACCUACAAGUGAAAGGAGGGAGCCAAAACGGACAAACGGGAGCUUGAUGCGGAUACUUCCGACAUUAGAUGCGACGCGUAAGCGAAAUCUCGCGUAUGUUAUAUUUUUUUGUCGUCUCGCAGGUAAAUUUUUGUUGCUGGUAACGCGGAAAUCGAUCUCGGUUUUGACCAGAAAUUUGGUCAGAAAUAAAGGUCGUAUUCGGCUCUAAAACAUUAUAGGUACACAAUAACAAUAUGUUUAAUAUAAGUACGUUAUCUGCGGCAGACGGCGACGAUUGUUUUUGGACUUCGUUUGUUCUAGAUAAAAACAAAAACAAAACCGCCCACGGUAACUUUUGACUUUUCGUAAAAACGGCAUUUUAUAAAAUAUAAUUAUACUUCCAGGGCCGCAGUAACGAUCUUAUAAUAUAAUAUUAUUACGCAAUAUUACCUGCGGGUGUAAUUUGCUCGAAACGAUCGUCGCGGUCGUCGUCGUCGUGGCAAAUCGCGUGUUUGCGGGCGGGGGCGUGAUCUUAAAAAAAAAAAAAUCUACAGCUAUAAUACCUACACAUAGGUACGUUCCCUCAUCGACGGCACACCGCCGUACACAUUAUUCAGAUUUUUAAAAUAAUACGCUUUCAAAUCUAUAGGUAUAAAUUAUACCUACGUCAUCGGCCAAAGGUAGAGUUUAAUUUUUUCAAAUAACGUUUUAUACAUUUUCGAUUUUCGAAUAUUACCAUGUGGUAUCGUGACAAUAGAAAUUGUUUAUCCGUUCAAACAAAAGAGAGGAAUCGUUGACCGUAUUGCGUGAGGCGGGAUUUUAACAUUUUCAAUUUCGGAUUUCAAAUCGUCCGAAAACUAACUAUAAUAGUGUAGUGGUUUGAUGGGGGAAAUUUCAACACUUCAUUAGUCACCCCCCCCUCUUUCUACCGAAACUUUUUUACUAUACGAUGUAAUUUCUCUCGCUGGAUAUUAUACUUUUUUUAUCGAAAGCUUAUUAUAGUAUGUACAAUACGAUAAUAAUAAUAUACAAAAGUUAUAUUUGUACUAGAUGAGAAUAUGUUAUAAAACAUAUAUUUAAAGAACACUCGAGAAAUUGAAGUACUACGAAGAUUGACGAGUAUAUAUGGUAAUAUAAAAUUAUAAUAUCUCAUAACGACGAUUUGCUGUUAUUAUUAUUCCAUUGAAAAUCGUAUAUAGAAAUCGUUGUAUACAAUAUGACAGACGGAAAAAAUCCUGUUUUAAAUUCUGAGUGGAGCGACGAGUGUAUUGAUUUUACUAUGAUUAUGUGCAUGCGUUAUUCUUAGAUUCUGAGCGAAUGUAUUGGUUUUAUUAUGGUAUUUGUAUAGUGGAUACUUUUAUGUAUCUUGUACCUGUGUACAACUUUUCGAUCAGAAAUCUUGCUCCAAUAAAAAACCGAAAAAAGCGAUUUGUAUAGCAUUUUGAAUUUAAUUGGUGAAUUGGAAAUUCCAUUUUUCGAUUUUCUAAUUAUUUUCAUAAUAAAUUGGAAUAGCCGGAAUAAACACGUAUAAAAAAAGGGACAAAUUUACAGUAUUAGAAGUUGUAGUAUUUCUUUUUCUGAUAUUUUUAUUUUAUUUUUCAACCAAAAUUUCUUGAUUCGAAUUUCAAAAACAACAUAUUUUUCAGAAACAAAAAACAUUUCCUAAACGGUGCGUAAGAAUUCCAUUUUUUUAAUUUCUAAGUACAUAGUUUUCAGAUUAAUUGGGGAAAACACGGAAAAAAACGUAAAAGAAAAUCGGUUAAAUUUACGGCGUUAAAACAAUUAAAUUAUUUUAAUUUAUUUCGAUUUUUGUUUUCAUCCAGAAAUCUUUAAUAAUGAAAUUCUGAAGUACAGCGUUUAUUCUAAAAGAACAUUUUUUCUAGAUAAUGUGUAAAAAAAAGUCUUAUUGUUUUAAAAACAAAAUUCCCAUUACAUUUUUUUUUUUUUUUUUUUUGUACUUUUGAUACUUUUGAGAGGUGAAUAUUUAAACAUAUUUACUAUAUUAUAAUAAUAUAAUACACUAAUUAGUAGUAUAAUUGCUUAUAAUGUUGUCUUAUUUAAUAAUUCAGAUACACGCGUACAUUUUGUAUAAUGACUAUAAAACCACAUUUAUUUCGUGAAAAAAGCAAACAACAAUAAUUAUACAUUAAGAAAUUUACUUUAAAAGUUUAUACAUAAUAGAAGGAUUGCAUACAUAUAAUAUUAUGCUUAUCUUUUGUUUCAAGUAAAAUAUAUAUUAAACUACUAUACGAAAUACUAUUAAUAUAGUAUUGAUUUAUAAAAAGUUUUUCGACGAACAGCCAUUAUAUUAUUAUACAACAAAUUAUUUUUAUACGUAUAUAUAUAUGUAUGUAUACUAUAUACAUUACACAUAUACUUAAACUUAAAAAAAAGAAAGAAAAUAGCUUAUACUACUGAUGGUCGUGCCACUGUUGUAAGCGCAGAGAAGUUCGGAAGGUAGGAUACAAUAAAUAAAGUUAUUUAAUUUAUAUUUGUACGCGAAGAUAAAUUAUUACUGACGAAAUACAAUUCUGAGCGAAGUUCGGUUAAGCCGGUUUUUAAAAUAUCCCUUUAUUUUUAUGAUUUUUAUCAAAAUUUGAACUUUAAACGCGUAUAAAAUAAACUACUACUUUACUUUUUUUUUAACCAGUAAUAGUAGGUAUUAAUGAGUAAAUUUGUUAAAUAUUUCUGGUUAACCAACACAAUUUUAAAAAUAAAAUUUUAAUAAAAAUACAUUUUUAAAUAAAAUCGGGAGAAAUGAAAUUAUAAUGCCGUGAACUUAUUGGUUUUCCUACGUUUUCUCUGAAUUAUUAAGGUAACCACAUGGAAAAUCGAAUAACGAUUUUAUGUACCGAUUGGACUAAAUAAAAAUAAAAUCGUAAAUUAUUAAACUUUAAUUGCCUUAAAUUUGUCGGUUUUCUAAAUCCAACGUGAAUAUUGUGUUACUUAAAUAAUAUAUGAGUUACGAAUUUCGUUUUCUAAAUAUUAUCAUUAUAAACUGUCCACAACCAUUAGUUCAAAUAAUUAAAUAACAAACGUUUUAGAACCGUAGUCUUAUCCUAUAAAACAAAAAUGCUUUUAUUUAGUUAAAACCGAUAUUUGCAUUGCUUUCACAUGGAAAUUGACCGAUGUAAUAUCCAUUAUAUUAUUUUAUAUUAAGAUAAAAUAAUCGUUUUUUUUUUUUUAAAGUUUUGAAAGUUUUUAAGUAUAAAUAGAUUAUCAGGAAAAUAGACAGCGAGAUAUUUCAUUGUGAUAGAAUAGUAAAUCAUGUCGUCUUCAAUUUGGUGAAAUAAUUUUGUUGGAAGCUUCAAAUAAGUACACGCACCGUAUAUAGUAAUUACCUAUAUUGUAGGUAUAUUAUUAUCAAUAUCUGUGAAUACGCUACAAAUAUUCAAAGAACGUCAUCGAUAUGCAACUCUUAUUACUGCACAAAUAAUCAUCAAGGAUCGUAAAAGUGUGUUACUCCAUUGAAAAUUCUGUUUCUCUCGCAUAUAACAUUAUGCAGUCGAUAUCAAAUUGUACACGCGCUAUUCACAAAAUGAGUGUAUAACUAUAAGUCGAUGAUAAUCCAAUGUGUGUUACCACGAUGAAAAUAAGAAAAUUUCACGCAAAACUACUAAUAAUAAUUAUUGUUAGACCAAUAGUACAAUGCUGUAUUGGGUGGUUUUAAGUAAUUUGUAUUAUCUUAUUUACACAUUGGAUGUGCACAUACACUAGAAUAAUAAAAUCCCAAUGCUCUCGUAGUUGAUAUUUGAAAAUCCAGUUAUAUAUGAAAUAUGCGUCAUAAGCUAUUAAUUUGUACAUAUUUAAGUUAUUCUAACGUUGCAAAAUGUUGUGAACUGUUAAGUGCAAUAUUGCGAAAAAUAAACCGGCUGUUCUGAAAGACACGAUUUGCGUUAAGCGCCUUGUUAGGGGAAAGUACACAUAAUUCGUGUUUUGUAUGUAUAAUAAUUAUAAUAUGUUUGUAAAAUAACUCGCGUCUUUUAGUGUUUUCAAAAUCAAUAAAACUCCAAUGCGUAUCUCGGGGACGCCCAUAAAAUAUUUACAAACGUGAAACGAAUUCCGUAAAUUACUCGCCAUAUAAUAGGUAAAAUAAAAAUAAAAGUGGUUCAAAAUAAGGGACGGGUCAGUAUAAUUUUGCAGUUUAUAUGCAUUAUAAUAAAAUAAUUAUAUAUCUCCGUGAAAAUAUAAAAAAUAUACAAACAAUUAUCAUAAAAAUUAUAAUAUUUUUGAUUCUCUGGGUAUUGUUAUGUAAAAAUUGAAUACAUUUAUCUAUCUAAACCUAACGUAUUUUCUAAAUCCUUGUUAUAAUCGUAAUAUUUUUCUAUCAAAUUAAGUAGUUAAGUAAUCAUUUGGAAAUCAAACUUCAAAAGUUCUUAAAAAAAAAAUACAGAUUAAUAUACAUAAAAAAAAAAAAGAUUCUUUGGAAAAAACAAAACAAAUCUCAAAUACACAGGUAUCAAUUUAAUACAUUUUCUUUUUCUAUAGUCUUCGAUCUUUCAAAUUAACUGGCAGCAGAUUUCCAUGUUUCUCUGUCAAAACUCAAAUCCUUUAACCCCCAAUAACUAUUUAAUUUCAUUAUCAUAAAUACCUUAAAAAUGCGUGGUGUAAACUUUGUAUACCACAAAUAUCCUAUUACACUAACACAUGAAAUACAUUUUGUUCUGUUUAAUAUUUUUAAGAUUUUUUUUUCUAGUCAUAAUUACUACAGCCUCGUAAGGCUGCGAUUCCUCUAUUUCAGAUUUGUAUACUUUUUUUUAAAUAUAAAGAUAAAAAAUUAUAUCCAUAAAAUCCAAGAUAUAUUUUAUAAAUAUAUAUUGAAACGAAAUUAUGAUUUUUACAAAUAUUUAUUAAAAAUGUAAUCAUUAUGCUUGUACAAUUUUGUGUAAUUUAUAAAAAUCGUUAAUGCAAUUUUUUUCCGUAAGCAAAUAGUAGAUAAAUAGAUUGAUAUUAUUUAGUAGUGGUAAUAAAUACUAUUUAAAUUGUCGUAAGUUUCAAAAUUGUAGAAAGUUAACGAUUCAUCAUCAAUCAAUAUUUGUUCCGCUAACAUUUUGUUUCAAAAUAUAUUUUAUAGAAUUGCUAUCUUGGAUUCUGUAAAAACAAUUUCUUUUUUUAACAAAUUGUGCAUAUUGUUAGUUUUUUAAAAAUAAUAUACAAUUUAAAUACAGGAAUAAUCAUAGCGCAAAAUUCUAGUAAUUAUUUAAAAAAAAAAAAAAAAAAAUUAUUGAACAAAACACUAGUUGUUCAUGUAUCAGAUCUUUGUGUUACAGCCUGUAAAAUUCAUAUUUGGACUUUCCCUUCCAAUUUUGCCUUUUUUACAUAACCAGCGAUAAUCAAAUCGAAUAAACGAUCAUACGAUAUAGUAUUGUGUCCUGUGCAGUAUCGUUUUUAUUAUUCAUAAUUGAUCGUUUUUUUCCUUUUUAACACUUUAUUUUUGUUAUUCUGUCACACCACGAAAUCCAUAGGUUAAUAGAUAGGUACUAUAUAUGAAUAGCAAAAAAAUAUUUGAGAAUUAUAAUUCAUUCAAAAAUGACAUAAUAUUAUUAUUUUUUGUGAUGGAUGCAUUUUGUCGGUGAAAAAUAACCGGAUGGACGGAAAACCGUAAACUAAUAUUCGUGAUGGUGAGUCGGUGAGAUGACAUGUAGGUAUUAUAUAUUAUCACUGGGUACUUACUCCUCCAAGUUCGAUUACCGAUUGUAAAAUAUGUAUAACGCAUACAAAAUAUUUUAUAAUACUCAAAGUGUGACGGUAGGAAACGAUGGCGAAAUCAAAUUUACUCGGAAUGUUCGUAAAAAUAUUAUAAGAAUGAUGUCUUUAUAGUAUUGCACUUUUAGAAUAAUGUCCGAUACGAGCCCACAUAGCGUUGCUUAUUGGUUUGUUCGUUACUCUGUGUCGAGCGGCUGUUUCUAACAGGGGACGUGUUGAACGUGUAUAUGUGGAGUUUACUAGAAUUUAAUUUAGAGUUUAAAAUCAAAAAUAUUAUGGGCCGGUUUCUGUUAAGGUCUGUUUGCCAUAAUCCGGAAAUUUUUCGUAGGGAGUAUUAUUUGUAUGCUUUGUAUUCGAGUGUGGAUUUGUCGAGUUCUUCGCCGAUGACGGAAAGUUGGCAACUAAUGUUGAUUGAGCGAUUGUUAACGUUGAACCAGUCGUUAACUGCGGUUUGACGGUGGUUAAGUGGCCGAAAUAUCGAACGCCCGUGCUUUACGUCUCGCGUAGAGUAUUAUUCGGCGGAUGUAUGUAUUGGAAAUUACUGGAUUUUCACGUACAGCGGAGAUACGACACUCGGUGGUGACGUGUUUUGUAUUAUCGUAAUUCUACGUUACAGCAGGAGUACAAUAAUUAUUCUGCGGUUCGUCGUUACUGCAGUUAUUAUCGAUUGUUGUUGUUGUUAUUAGUGUCGAACUAAUCGUCUCGCGUCGGCUGGGUUCUCGUCGAGCUGAUGCGUACCUACUGCUGCAAGGAGGAAACCGGAAAACCCGAACGCGCGCGCGGGAGAGCCACUCGAAAUAAUUAAUACGCCCCUUUUGUUAGGUAUAAACAUUUCAAACGGUUUUCACCGCGGGAAUUUCGACGGGGGCACUUCACUUCGCCAGACCGUCGUUAAUAAUAAUAUUCCGUCGUUUUGAACUCGGAAUACUCGUUUUCCGCGACUCGUUUAAACGAAUUAUGCGGGUGAGUAAUAUACGACGGCGGUGACGGUACGAGACUGAUUACCAGCAGCGCGCGCGGCACUCGGCGACGACAAUAAUAAUAAUAAUAACAAUAACAAUAGUGCUGCUGCAGCAGCCGCGGAGUUUUUUGAAAUUCCAAUUGAAAAACGAAUAAUAAAUAAAAUCCGAAUAACCGGCGAAUACAAAUACCGCCCCAGUCUCGUGCACAUGUUAUAAUAAUAAUAAUUAUUAUUAUUAUAUUAUAUUGUUGUGUUAUUUUUCGCGUUCUUAUCUUCUUGUAAAUUAAACAAAGUAACUGUAGAGGUGGUUACCGUAUUAUUAUAGCCGUACGCGCGCGCGUAUACAAAUAUUAAACGACCCACAUAAAAAAAAAAAAUAAUAAUAAUAAUAAUGAUACGCGGUGUGCCGUUUAAGGGGCGAGAUGUAGAGGGUACGAUACCGUUUAGAACGCGUCGUCAUAAUUUUACGGCGACAUCACUUUGUACGAAUUUUGUAUUUUGUAUUUAUUUUUUUUUUUUUCGCUUACAUCGCUCUUCUGCCUAUAUUGUACAAAAAUAAUAAUAUUAUUUCUUCUACCGCGGCAACAGUGGCCGUUUUGUUUUUAUUGCCACCUUCUAAUGUUAUUAUUGCGCACGUCCCUCUUUUCUUCGUGAAAUUCGGACAACCGACCGAUGCCACGGGUGCGCACGCAAAAUAUCCACGUCCGUUUCCACCGUAUACGCGUAUUACGAUAUUAACAGCUAUCGUUAUACCGCAUCGAGCAAAUGUCUCCAUAAAAUGUCGUACGACUUUGGCAAAAACUAACCCUCGAAAAUUUACGAAACACAAUAGUUCCAAUAAACUUAUGGUUUUCGAUACACGCGUAUUGUUACGUGUUCGGGUGUGUGUUUCACAACUGCACUCGUCGUUAAACAUCUAAGCAUCACGACUACGGAUCGAUAUUUCGAAUUAGCUGCUAUCAUAAUACAUUUUUAUUAUUUAUUACACUGAUUAUUUAUCACGAAAUAUUAUGGGCAUUUUUUUUCCCCGAGUAUAACGAAGAAACUAUUAUUAUAGCUUAACCAAAACGUGUUUCAACCCCCCCCCCAACACCACUCCGGCAAACACUUUUGGUUAGUGAAAAUGCUUUGAUAUUUUUGGAUGCCAUACUAUAAACGAUGUGGAAUAUCUGCCCAGUAAUACUUUAUUUUUGGCAUUUUGUCUAAAUUCCCAACAAUUUUUCUAAAAGUUAAAAAACAGACAACAAAUAAUCAGGUUUAUUUUUGUUGAUUUCUGGGUUACCUUGGUUAGAAGAGAAACGAUAAUACUUUAUGACAAUUAUACAAUUGCAAAUUCACCGAGUUUCAUAUUGAAUCGGUUUUUGAAUGCAACGAUUCUAUCGUUUGCUUUAAGUAUUUUAUUGUAAAGUGAAUUAUCCUAUAUCAGCUUAAUAUUGAUCUUUUUUAUUUUGAAACUAGAACAGAGAUGGCUUACUCAUGGUGCAAAGUAUGUCCGAUUUUAUUUAUUUUUUUUUUACUAGUAAACCUACUCGUAAUUUAUCUUUUCCAUUUUAUCAGUAGAUAUGUUAAAAAAACAAUUGCAAGUAUUUUUAAACAGUAUAUAUAUUUCACGAAAAUAUUAUGUUAAGACAAGAACUAUGCAUAUUCAGUGCAAAUUGAAGAUGUCAAAAGUUUUGUUGAUUAUAUAGACUAGUGGUUUUCAAUAAGUGGUCCAAGAAUCCUUAAGAGUUCGCGGUUAUGUUUGAUCGGACAAAACUCGUGAGGCUUUUGUGUUCUGAUGCAUCAGAUCUAUCCAGUAGCGGAUUUUUAACAUUUUUCUGGGAGGGGUUCUGAAAAAUCAUAUAUAUUUAAAAGGUAUCUCUAUUAAUAGAUGUUUUUUUUUUUGGACAAAAUUUUAUUUAAAUCUUAUCAGUGUCUGGAGAGGGGGUCCAACCCCUCUGGACAUCCCCCCUCAUAAAUCCACCACUGGAUCAAUCUUAUUAAUUAUAUAGGUAUAUAUAUAUAUAUAUAUUUAAUCCAUAAAAACUAAAAUACUAGAAUAUGGUAUCACUUAUACUGUUAAAUUAGUUAUUAUGGAUACUUUUUGGUUUGCGUGUUUAAGCGUAUACAAGAGAUUUCCAAAAAGCAUGUAAAAAUAAAUAAAAAUAAUACGUAUACAUAUAUACGAAAAAAGAGGUUCCCAUAAGCUUGGGUACGAGAUGUGUAGGAUGUGCCGGCUGCACAAAAUUCAGUUUAUUUAAAAUGUUUGUUUCCAAUGUAAAUUAAAAUAUUAUCGCAAAUAAAAUUAACAAUAUAAUAUACAUAUUUAGAUUCGGAGCGUAGCGAAGAAUGUAUUGGUUAUUUACAGUGAUGUUUAUUAUUAUUUUUUUUUUUGUCUGUGAACAAUUUUUCUAUUAGAAAUCUUACUCCGAUUUUUAAGUCUUGCAACUUAUCUGAAAGGGAAUUUUAUCUGAAUAUAACUUUAGCGGUUUUCAUAAUAGUUGGGAAAAACCGUAGGAAAAACAGGAAAAUGUACGUACUUGUAUAAAAUAAACUUCGCUCCGAAUCGUUUUUCGUUGGUAAUAGUUUAUUGUUGAGUACAGAUAUAAAUUAAAUUCCUCUUUAUAUUCUACCUUCCUAAGUUCUCAAUGGUAAGAGAACUAAGCCUUCCUUCAUUUAAAAACUAUUAUUACCUAAACCUAUUCUGUACACACCGCAAAAAAAAUCUUACGCACGCCUUUGGGGGUUCCCGGUCAAAUUUAAAUUUUAGCUUGAGUAGACUGUAUAGUGAGGUAUAACGGUCAUAACGUAGUUAUGUUUAAUAAUUCAUAUUAUUAUUAUGUUAAAAUAGUAUUCCAGGAAACCAUCAAAAUGCAUAAACUAUGUAUAGAAUAAGAAUACGGCACUAACUAAUAUUAUAAUUUUAUACCUUUUGAUGAAUCUUCUAGAAAAAUUACUUUUGUAAAUUUAAAAUAUGUAGAAUUACUUUGGCCCACGCACACGUACACACAAAGUACUGCACACGCACGCUUGAAGGAGAACUCACUUUUCAUCAUUGGCCUCCCGGGAAAUACCUACUACGAAUAUUAUCAAACUAUUGCAUUAAAUAUUUUUUUAUGAAUUGUAAAAAAAAAAAACGACCGACACGUACGUUUUUAUUCUUGUUAUACCUACUAGCUGUCAUCGCUCGGAGUUGCCUGUAGGGGUUAGACUAGUUAAGGUUAUCAAACUAAAACUAGAAAUCAAUAAAAAAAAAAAUUCAAUUUUACGUUAUGUGUGUCUGCAAGUUUGUAGGUUGAAAUAAUUUCAAUCGUAUACGUAUUAUCCACGAUGACCGAAUUAAACAUCUACUUCAGUAUACCUUGUCGUUGUAAACGUUUUCUUUUUUUAUAAUUAUUCCUUUUUUUCCCCUGCGUAACCAAGGAAACCAGAAUUCGAUAAAAAAUGUCUGAAAUUCAAGUAUGAAAUAAACACCGCUGAUACUUUGAGUUCUUUGACGGACCCGUCUGUCAGUCAAUUUAACGUAAUCAACAAAAAUAAUUUGCAUCAUCAGUACGAUAAUCGAGUUUAACACUCUUAGCCCUGGGUACCUAUGUUAACGGACGAACUCUGUAAGUUUUCAAGAUGAAACGAUUUCCGCGUUCCUGGUGAGUGAAGGGCCAAAUAACGCAAGAUAACUGCCACGUAUAUAGUAGUCCCUAGCGACUUGUUUUCGCCACUUUUGAGUGUGAAAAGAGAAAAAUAAAAAGAGAGAAAAAAAAGUAACAAGUGUAACAAGACGGUGGAUAUGUUUGUUGCAUAAUAGGUAUAAUAUAUUUAGCGAGUAUGGCUGACACUUACUUUUAAAUCUCGAGUCGUAUACUCGUAUAUACAUAUAUAUGUGUGUACCAAGCGCUAAACACACUGGAAAUUGUCACGAGGACGUCAAAUGCUUUUAGCAAGCUCGCGAUAUACCACUAGGUGAACGCGCGCUGUCACAUGGCCCUUUAUUUCCUCACAAGUAUACAGCUGUAACCACGUGUCGUGCACACGCAGUGCAAUUAUUUUCCUUUUCGUAGUCGAGCCCACUUCACCCGUGCUUAAAUAACAGUGUAAUAUAAAAGGAAGUCUAUGUAAAAUACUGAAAUUUAUAAAGCCCAAAAGCUAUUGUAGCUAGGGUUCGGUACAAGACCUCGAAUUCGGAUUUUUAAAUUUCAAUAUUUCUCUAAGGAAUUAGAAUACUUAAUUGAAAUUUAAAUUGUUUUUUUUAUUUCUGAUUACAUGAUUAAAUAAACGUUUACAUAUUCAAAGUUUUUAUUUAAUUUAGUUGUUACGCGAUCAAUGCCAUCGGGAAGUAAUAAUUCUUUGAAAUUAAUUCCACGAAACUUGGUAGGCGUAUUAUGAAAUAUGACGCGGAAAACAAUACUGGAGAGUGAAAAUAAAUUUUAAAAAAAAUCUUGUUGAUUUCGGUCGGACAACGCUUGUACACAACUUAUUACUUAGUAUAAUAAAUAAUGAAAUAUAGUCUCAUCUAUACUAACCGUUUUCGUAACUGUAGCUAGGUUACGGAUUAGAGUUUUGAUAUAUGUGCAGUACAUAGAUACAUAAAUAAAAUAACUAGAUGCCAACUGCGCUUAUUUUAUCAUACGUAUGAUAAAAUCCCAUAAGAGGUAUCUAUAUAAUUAGCAUCCACAAUAUAGUAAGGUGGUGAUUUCGUACACUAAAAGAAAUAUGAAAAAAAAAAUGAAUCACUAUAAAAAUUAAAAGUUUCCAAUUAGGGUGCCAAACUACUAAUAAUCUAUAUGUACUUAAUGAAGACAACAGCGUUACUCUUAUGUUUUUCAGUAGGAGAUUACGCCAAGACUUGUAUGUAUGAGACCCUCUCGUAUAAACAUGUCAACGUUGCACUCAAAUAGAUCUGAUGCCUAAUUACGGGCUGAAAAAAACACACCUCUUGACCAGCUCUAAAUUCUUUCAUAAAUAGUCCUUCUACCAAUCAAAAGAUAAGCUAACUAAUGUAUAGGCUCAUAAAUAUUGAAAUUAUGCUUGGAAUCAAGGAAAGGCUUUGUAAACAAUAUACGAACAGUUAUUUAGAUGCGAUUCAGAAUAAUAUGAGGACACUCAAUGACAUCUAGUGAAUGCGAGGUGGAAGAUCGGGACAAGUAAAAGUUGAUUAUGGAGAUAACCGGCCUCAAAUAGAUGGGAUGAAGACGAAGGAAAAGAAGAAGAUAAUGUCAAAGACAAAGUCCACUAGGUGACCGACAAUUAACAUUGGCAAGAUUGAUCAACAUACUGCAAUAAGAAAACUUUAACUGGACAAUAUCUGAAUUCCUCCCUCCAGGCUUCAGAAUAUAGCGAAACUUAACCAGUUCGGAAACUCUUACUAUAACAAGAACAGGUUUGGAUUUUACUAAAUAUAACUUGGAAAAAUGGCGUCUACGCACAACCUUGGUUACACAAUGCAAAUGCGGAAUUGAACGGAAAAUGAAAGACACAACGAUACUGCCCGUCAAUGUGCCUUUUUGCGUGCGCAGAGGAAGUUAUUCAAUUAGUUAUACUAGAGAUGCAGUUAACGUAAUAUUUCACGGGAUGUCGAUAAAACGCGUGCUCUUAUAUUAGGUAGUAUGUAGUUGCCAAACAUCGGAUUUACUCGUAGCGUCGGCCGUUUAGUUGUUUUGUUUAGGUACGAGUUUACGCGGUGCAGCGGAAAUAAAAAUAACAAUAUAAACUCCCGUGACCUUUUCUCGCGGGCCAAAGAUACCUAUAUAGAAUUUUGGGCAAUUGACCGCAUCGCAGCCGUUGUGUGUAACCUUUGCACAAAGCCAAUGUUUUAUUAUUCUGUCACGCCGCAUAUAUGCGCAUACACACAGUGCUCGGUACCUACAUGACGCAUAUAAUAUUAUACACUUAUUGCAACCACAUACACACACGAACAAACCGCGGUAUUAGGUCGACUUAUAUUUUAUAUAUACAUACAUGUAACACGGUCGCGCGACCGAAAUCCAUUAUCUAAAUUGACGUGGACGCUUUACAGGGCUGCCCGUCGCGGCUGCAGUUUGUACGCGCGGAUAACGUCGGGUACCUCCUAUAUUAUUAUGCCUAUAUAUUUAUUAUGCUUGAUGUUUCGUUAUUGCGGUUAUUGUAUUAUUAUUAAAUUACACGAGUACUAUUGCGGUCAGUGUGCCGAAAACAACGCGCUAGAGAAAAACUCGGGCAAAAGCUGCCCGCGAACAUCCCUGCAAAUCGAGAUUAUUAUCAUUAUGUUCGGCCGAAAACAAACGACAGCGGUAGGAUUUUCGACGCAAUAUUAUCAUUAUCUCCACCGUCAUCGGCCUCGUCGUUUUCCGGGAUAAUUUUUUAUAAUUUUCUUCGUCGGGGGAUGAUUUUUUUCUUUUUAUCUUAUCGUCAUUAUUAUUAUUUUAUUUCCGGCAGUAGGAUGUGCUGGUGAUUUAUACCCUGCGAAAGUUGUAGCGGUCGUUGCAGCCAUCACUCCGUGAGUACCUAAUACGCUCCAAUGCGAUAGGCUGACAAGUUAGAUUAAGUUAAUCCAUCAACAUUUUUGAACGCUGAAGGAAACAAAAAAAUAUAUACAUACAUACAUAUAUAUAUAUAUAUGUAUAACAAAAUAAUAAUACCACAGUUUUAACAAUAGUAAUUAAGCGAAAUAGGAAACGAUGUCAUAAUAACAUUAUCUUCAUUAUUUUUAGCCGUUUUUCGUUUGAUUUUCGUGAAAAAAAAUACAUAUUUGGGUAAUAUAAUAAUAAAAAAAAAAUAAGUCCGCGCAUAAUAAAUGUAAAAAAUUGAUGCCGAGAAAGCGGAUUGAUCGAUCGAUCAAAAUUAUGGCGUUCAAAAACAACUCUACAGCGCCGUCCGCUACAAAAGCACGAAAACCAAAGUUUAUCUCAAAAAAUGAUCCUUUGAAUAAUGGGCGUGUUUAGGUAACAAAGUUUUCGAAAAUGACUUUAUUUUUACAUCAUUAUUUCCCAAAAUACAGUGGGAGCGUAGGUAGCAUGCAUUUAAUAAAAUAAAAUAUAUAUACGUAUACAUACAUAUUACGAUCUAAUAUAAGAUAUCUACAUAUAAUGCACCUACAUAUAAACCCCUAUUCAUUUUUUUAAAAUGUCACAAACUUCAGGAACUCAAUACGUUUAAUAUUAUUGUUAAAUAUACAUUAAUAUAUCUUCUUAAUGAUUUAAAGAUUAAACGUUGCUUUAUAAUAAUUUUGGUUCCAAAGAUAAGGGCUUAAGUCAUUGUCAUAAAACUUAAUGGGACAAAUUACGGAAUUAUGGAAAAUAAGGAUAUAUUAGGGGUGAAAAAAUGCAUAAGAAAAUUAUUUCAAUUAAUGCAACGAAUUAAAUUACAAACUAAAUUACAACAAAAAAAACAAAGUAGAACAUAAUACAAGUAUUGUUUUUUUAAAUUUUUCUGUUCGAUCGUCGUUUUUUUUCAAUUAUUUAAAAACAACAGGAAAACUCAAAAAACUACUUUCUUCUUCAUUUCUCACCGACUUGAUUAAAAAUUCAAUAGAAAAGGUUUCUUGUUGUUUUUCUAUUGGAGAAAUAUGAAAACACGCGUAAAAUUUAAAAUAUUGAAAUCGUACGUUUCGUACAUUUGUUCGUUUUUUAUUUUUCAUUAUUUUCCGGUUUUUCCCGAUUAUUAAAUAAACUACAUAGAAAAUCAAAAAACGACUAACUUCGUGAGCAACUAGAUUUAAAAUGCAAAACAAAAGGUUUCAUGGCAUUUGUGUGAUUAAAUCAAUAUUUUUGGGAGAAAAGAUAGCUCGCAAAAUUAAAAACAAUGAAAUCGGAACAUUGCACCGUAGAUAUUUUACCUGCAAUAUUUUUUCCAAUUAUUUGGAAAAAUCAAAACAUGGCUUUCAUAAUGCACCAACUAAAUAAAAUUUAUUUACAAAAAAGGAUCUACACUUGAUACUUUGGAACGAGUUUUCUAUUUGAAAAGUUUUUUACAGACAGGAAAAAAAACACACAUCGUAGUAAAACCAAUAAAUUCCUCGAUAUACGCUUCGAAUCUAGAAAUUAUAGAUACUAUAAUGCGUACUAUAAACGUGAAAUGUACAACGCUGCAAUGUAUAAUAUACAUGUAUACUUAUAAUAAAUUAAUGAUGAGAACGAAUCUCCAAACACGACAAACUCGGAUAAAUAACGUAUAAUAAUGUAUAUAAUAUUUUAUAAAAUAAAUAGAAAAUGGAACGUUUAAACAAAUUUUCUGGACACGCGUAUAAAUAUCUCGCAUACUAGUAUAAACUAAACGGACAGGGUAAAAAAUAUAUGAAGUUAUUAAAUAAAAUAAAUACCAUGUAGCGUCGGUUUGACAACAUUUUUAGCGAGGCUAGUGGGACCUGUAGGGGAACGAAAAGAGGCAAUUUAUAACAUCCCUUGUUCCUUUUAUAUCUAUAACAGCCGGUGUACUGUACACAUUAAAAAGAUAAAUGGUGUUGGAAAAAAUAAUAUGACGUAUUAUUAAACACGUAUAGUUGCUAGGUAUUUGUGCUUACUAUUCUUAGGACAUAUAAUGACAUAUUAUCUACAUUGCAGAUAAUAUACAAAACAACUAGAUAGCUAUGAGAUAUCUAUGAGUAAAUCUCUGAAACUUUGCAUUUUGGCGGCCAUAUACCAAAUUUUAUUGAUUGACACUUUGUUUAUGCCAUGAAUCAUGUGACAAUAUGAAAACAUAUUUGAAAUUAAUCAUAGAUUGUUUCUAUGACAUUGAGAUUGCAUGUAUUAUAUAACAGACUUACAAUUUUUAUUUUAUUUUGCAUCAUUUUUGUGAUAACUAUAAUUCUCAAUAUUAAUUUAGGCGAUUUACUAUUUGUACUUUUAAUGUUUACGAUUUUCGUCAAAAUGUUUAUAAAAAAUUUAAAAAAACUAAAUAUUAUACUCAUUUAUUUUUUUUUUUUUACCACUUAUUACGUUUUAUAAUGAACCCCCACUAAAACUUUCAAGUAUUUCUGUUUAGCCUAACGAUUUUCAAUAAUUGCCCAAAAAAAAUUACGUAGGUACAAAAUAAAAUGCCUAUAAAAAACUCAAAAAUGGAAAAAUAACUCAAGUGUUCAAAACUUACUCAAAUGUUUUAAAUAAUUUUUCACGUCUAGAAAAAUCAAAUAUAUUUUAUGUUAAAGCUUCAUGUAAGUACCAAUAUUUUUAACUGAAUAUGUUCAUACAUUUUCCUGUUAUUUCUACUUAUUUAUCGAUUUUGCACAAUUAUUAAAAAAAAAUAAAAACAAAAAUUAUUUUUUUGGUUACCGACUAAAUUAGAAGUUUAACAAAAAAGAUCUCUUUUGGUUUUAUACUGGAGCAAUAUUUCUAGAAGAAAACGGAAAAUGUAAAUAUUUAGAAAAAUGUAAUCGUAACGACAUAAAUUUGUCAGUUUUCAUUUUGUUUUUUUUUUCCGAAUUUACCUAAUUAUUAAUAAAACUACUGAUAAAAUUAAAAAAAGACUUUACUCUUCACCAACAACAUUAAAAAUGCAACAAAAAAGGAAGUUGCAACAAUGAAAAACAAUGAAAACGGUUAGUCGGUAACGCCGUGGCGUGCCGUAAAUCUUUGCCGUUUCACUUAUAAUUUUCUUUCGGGUUUUUCCUAAUAAUUUAGAAACCGCUUCGAAAAUCAAAAAAUUACUCUUAUUGCAUCAACUAAAGAAAAUACCUCCCAGAAAAAAUGGCAUUUCGGAGCAUGAUAUUUGGCAAAGAAAUUGUUUACAGACAGAAAAACACACAUGCACAGUAAAACCAAAAGAUCGCUCGCUACACUCCAAAUCUUAUCCUGAAAAUAGCAUCUAAAUAGAUUAUAGUUCAGUCGAAAUAUUCUUAGCAGUUGUAUCAGAUUUAUUUUAAACAUCUUUAAUUUACCAGUAAUUAUCGGCAGUCCGCUAAUAUUAUAAUAUUUUUUACCGCUGUUUAUGUAUUCUGAUUUUUAGUCGUGAGUAAACACGAAAAUGUUUGGUUGGGUUGUUAUACGAGUGUAGAAACAAUUUACUAUUAUAGUUAUUAGUUAAACAAGUAAAACUUAAGAAUAUUUUAAUGUUUGUAUUAAGCUAGAUUUAAAGACAAAUAAUGAUAUUAUACUGCUCUAUAUCAAAUAAUAAUAAUAAUAUUGUAAAUUUUGAAUUAAACGUAUUUAACAAAUCGAAAAAAGUAAAUAAAAAAUAUGCAGAAUACGAGUACAAAAAACAUUUAGAUUUUAUGAUGACCUUAGGUUUUACAAAAAAAAAAAAAUAAUAAUAAAUAGUAUAGAUGCCAAGGCAGAGCGCGAUUCACAAGUAUAGGUAUAGUUGGUAGGUAUAUUUAAUAUAGGUUCUAUAUUUCCAUUUUGUUUUGUUGAAUUUAAAAUACAGAAGGCGAAAUCGCGAUAGAAUCUAUAAUUUGACAGAAAGAAAACUCUUAAAACCGAAGCCAAGAAGAAGAAAAAGAAGCGUCAUUUGGAUGCGAGAUAAUUUAAAAAAAAUAUAUGUAUAUUGACCUACAAUAGUUGCAUCGUUAUCCGAUAUUAAAGACAGUUGUUGUUAUCCAAUAUUUAACAAACUGUUAUUACGAUGCGGUAAAAUAAUAACAUAAAUAAAGUAAAUAAAUAUAGUGAAUAAAUAUGUAAAUAUAAAUAAAAUAAAUAUAAAAAGUGUAUAUAUAAAAGUAAAAUAAAUAAAUGAAUCAAUGCGUCGCCUGGAGUAUUAUGAUAACUGUACAAUAUUUAUUUUUAUUUUUAUAUAUACGUUUUUUAUUUAUAUAUUUAUUUACUAUAUGUAUUUACUUUAUUUAUUUACGAGUAUUAACCAUUUUAAUGAUUUUGUUUUUACUUUAGUCUUUUAUUAUUUAUUAACAUAAAUUAUGCACAAUAAACGCGUCACCUAUAUUGUAAUGAAUUGCGGGAAAUUGUACUUUUUUUUUCCGUCGUAUGAACGCAAUACUUGUUACAAUGUUUUACUGGAUUUUUAACCGGGUUGGUCAGAGAGUUAUUACAUUAUGUUUAAUGCAUAUAGACGUUAAAUAAUAUACUCGGUUCCAUCGUGGGGCGUUUCAUUCGGGUGAACUGGUAACAAAAAAUAUCAUAUAGUUUGUUGGCAAAAUUUAAAAAAUCAUUUGGGUGAAUAAUUCGAUCGUUAUACAGACACUUAUUUUUUUUUCGCAAUUUACUAUUUAUAGGAGGAGUCAUAAUGUUAACAAUUACUACUCGACAAGUUCCCACAUGCACUGUGUAUUCACAAACUAUUCUGUAUCAAACGCAUGCUUCUCUCGAAAGUUAUGUAUUUAAACGAAUUGUAGAUUUAGACUAAUUAAAUGUGUGUAUUAAUAUAACAAUGAAAAUAUAAUAUUACAUUAUGAUUAUAACAAUUGUCAUAACUAAAACAAUUAAAUUAAAAUAUUGUACAAGUAGAUGAGAGGUCGUAAAAAGUCUUAAAAAAUUUAUCAGUAUUAUAAUUAGCUUUGAGUUGAGUGAAGCGAUGUAAUUGCAGUGACUGAGAUUGUUUGCAGGGAGUUAAAAUUUAAUUGUUCGGAAUUCUUUUGGAACCGAUCGUCGCUUAGAGAUAUUUUGGAUGUGGCCAUGUAUAGGAAGCUAAUUAAUAUAGAAAUUGUAAUUAUUCGUAUUGGAAGUCAUGAUUCGUGAACGUGUGCGCAUAUCAUUUCGUUGACGUCCCAUACCUAUUAUAUAUUAUAUUAUAAUAUUAAAAGGGUUUUGCGUUGUCAGGGCGGUAAUUAUUUAUCAAGCGAUAUUGAUCAAAUUAUAACACAGUAGAUGGAUUUAUUCACCGCGUAAUUAUUAUGUCCUGCGACACAGUAAGUACCGUAUUAUAUACGACGGAUAUUCUACAUGUAUAUUAUAGUAUUAUACGUAUAGAAUUUUCCUCCGCCACAGUUCCCAUUACCCACCUGCUCUUAAAACUGUGGUUUCCCAAUGUAUUCUGAUAUUGGAUUAUGUAUUAUCAAUCUUCCGUAUUAUAUAAUUAUCAAAGUAAUUUAUAACGGAUAAUCUCGAGAACCACAAAACGGUUUUCACUGUUGUGAUCUGUGAUCCUCGGAGAAGGUUUAUGGAACUUUUUGUCAUGAAAUUCUAUCCCAAAAAGGUAAUUUAAAAAUUGAAGAAAAAAAAGUGGUUUUUACAUACACUUCAUAUUUUAGUUUUAUUAAUUUUGGCAUUACCUACCUUAGUAACACAAUUUUAAAAAAAACACUUAUUAUUGUUUUAUUAGCAAUAUUGUAUGUAUGUAUGUAUAUUGUAUUUUUAUAUACGAUUUUUGAUAUUCAGAAAAAAUAAAAUUUAUGUAAAAGUUGUAUAUAAUAUUAUGUAUCUAGUUUAUACAUCAAACCGUUAUAUUUAUUAUCUUUAUCAUUUUUGGUUUUUUACUUACGUUUUUCGUUACAAAAUUAAUUAGAAAAUUAAACAAUUCAUUUUACUCGGCCGCACAAUCGUUCAAAUAUUAUGACCAACACCGGUGUUCUAUCUCGUGAUAAUAUUAAAAUAACAAUAUUAUAAUAAUAUAUAACAAACGAUUUUUUUAUAGAACACAAGUAUAAUAUACUGGACUCAAUGACUGUAAAUAAUACAAAAAGAACCAUAUAAAAUUUAUUUUAAACAGCAAAAGUGCAAUAUUUUUUAUAGUUUUAACAAUAAAAAGAAUUGUAGCAAAAAUAAUUUUUUUUAAUAAAGGCAAAUACAACUUUAAUAUUCAUAUCUAUUAAUAUAUGAUGACAUUUUUUAAAUAAUGCUAUUUAACAUAAUAUUUUAAACAAACAAUACUUAUUUGGGUACUUACAAAUUAUUAUUAAAAUAUCGUUCACACAUAUUAGACAAUUAUUUAUAAUUUAAUUGAAGUGAUUUUUGUUCAAAUUGUUCCCUAGUUAUAGCUAGUUGUAUUAUGUUAAUAUAAGUUUGUUUAUAAACGUAAAAGAGAAGUAAAAAUGUAUUUAAAUAUAUAUAUAUAUAUGUAUAUAAAUAUUAUUGGAAUGAUGGUGUAAAUAUUGAUGAAAUAUAACAAAUUGCGUAUAAAAACCGAGAAAUGUCAAAUAUACUAAGUACAAAUUUCAAAAUUAGCGAUAUAGUAUAAUUUAUACAUUUUGAUGAAUAUAACCGUAGUAUUGAGAAUGAGCUUUUUCAUAUACUGAAUACUCACAUAAUAUUAUAUUUUACAACAAUGAAUAAAAAAAACAAAAAUGAAUUUGUUAGGUACGAUGAAUUCAUACUCCGGUUAUUUUUAACAGUACAAAUUGUUUUGAAUGAAAAAAUAUAUCGCGUACGAUUUCAUUUUGAACGUUACUCGAACACUUUUUUUGACGAAUUUUGUCAGAAUAUAGAAACUAUAUUGCACUUUAUAUUUAUUUGUGUCUGUUGACUGUUGUAUGCGUACAAUUAUAUUUUCCUACUACUUUUGAAUACUUUUAACUUUUAAAAUAUAUAAUAAUUUCGAAUGCAGAUGUAUGAAGACUUAUCUUUAAAUUUUAACAUUGUAACAUUAUACAUUAUUCAACACUCUAUAAUAUAUAGUCAGUACCUACUUAAACAUCAGUAGUAUAGGUUAUGGUGAUAAGAUAUGGUUAAUCCACCAUACUUUUUGUAUUCCAUGUAUCUUGUUGCUUAAGUUUUAAUAUAAUAGAUCGUUAUCUAUGUCUUGGUUGAAUUUCAAUUUGAAUUUUACCAUUUUGUUGCGGGAGGAGCGUAUAAUAUAUAGUAUUAAACACUCAAACAGAUCCCCAAAAUAAAACCAAAAGCAAGCAAUUUUGUAUAUUAUGUUUGACGUUGGUAUUAAUAUUGUACCUCUGGGUUUUUCUAAUUUCAACUCAUGUCGGUUCUAUUAUUUUUGGAAGUGCUAUAAUAUUGUAGUUUAGUAUAAUCGUGUAAAAUAUUGUAUUAUUACCCAUAGAAUUUUAUUAUUUAUUAUUUUACAAAGAAUAUUUCUAUAAUGCAAACUAGGUAAAGUAGGACAAAUUCUAGUACUAGAGCUCUGAAACUUACGGAUGAUAUUUUCUAUUCAGUAGGUACUUAAGUAUUGUGUUGAUUUAUAUAACAUAUAUAUGUUAUUGAAAUAUAGUAAUUAAAUUCGAGAAUUUCUUAAAACAUUAAAUUCGAUUUCCCGCAUAUUAUUAAUUAUUAAAUAGCAACUAGUACAUGCCAUAUUAUAGAAACGUGGAUAGUUCUUAAAACUGAGAAAUUAAAAAAUGAAACCUUGUUUGGUGCUGGAGAAGAGAGUUUUCGAAUAUACAGAAAUAUUAAUGAAUGCGAAACUUCUCCGUAAGAUAUUUGUGCAUAAUUCAAUACACAACGCGUUUAGGGAUAUUCCAAUAUGCACUUGAAUGACGACAAUAGUCGAAUAAAGAAGAGACAAGCAUAGAAACACCAAUAAGGACAUUGAUCACGAAGCGAGUGAAAUGGAAUACACGGGAAUAAAUAUAUAAUAUGCAAGGCUUAAAAAGACUAUAAGCGACAGGGAUAGAUAUAUAGAGAAAAACGUCAAUUCAACAUUCAACCAAUCUCCUGUAGGUACGUUAAAUUCAAAAAUGCGUUAAUUUUAAAGCAAUAAAAUAUAAUUAUAUAUAUACUUAGUUGAUUAUUAUUAUUUGAUCGUAUUCAAAUUUUAAAAUAAUUAUAAUAAUAAAAACCAUUACCGUUCAGUUAAGCGCUGCACAUUAACCACUGGAGCUUCAGCGGUAAUUUAAUUUUUGAAUAGAAACAGUUUUCCUUAGAAAAAAAAAAAAUAUAUAUAUAUAUAUAUAUAUAAUAAUAAUAAUAAUGAUAAAAUAAAAUAAAAAAUACGUACAUGACCGCUCGUGAACUCGAGACCUUCCGUAAUACCUACCCAGCUAGCUAUAAUACACAAGAGGGAAAUCCAACGAUAAAUAUUACAGGCGUGGCAAGCGCUCGGCGGCCUGUCAACCGGCAUUCAAAUAGUUGCCCAAGUUCAAAUACGCGCCUUUAUUGCAACGCUCGGAGUACUGUUUAAUAUUUCAAUGAGUUGAAAGGAUUAUAUUAUACCUAUCUGUAAUAUAAAAAAAAAAAAAAAUCGUUAAGGAUACACAUAAAUAAUUGCUGUACGUGUAUGACGACGACGCAACGAUAUCGUAGUAAUAUAUUAGACACGAAAAGAAAUUUUAUUUUUGAAAAUUAGAAAAAUAUUAUGUUUCGCUAAAAGUGUGUAGACAUUUUGUUUGUCCAAUAUAAAUAAAGGUAUAUUUACCUAAUACAGAUAAGAUGAUCGGCUCAGCCGAAAAGUGUUUUUUUCGCUUUGGUGGCGUUAUACUUUGUAACCGCACUGGAUAUCAUUUACUAGAUAGCGAUUAAUAAAUAAAGUCUAGAUUAUUUAUCGAUAUUCUCUCUGUAUUAUAUACUGUUGUUUUAUAUUGACAUCCAAUAAGGCUGAUAUUAAGCACAUUUGCAUAAAAAUAAUAUUUGUCCUCGAAGUGUAUUACUAGCGUAGCGAGCGGAAAUUGUUUUAACUAGGCAAAACUAAUCGAACCGUUUUGCUCAGAUUAAGCAUCUUUAUACUUUAUCUAUAUAUUUUGUCCAUUAUUGUAGCGACUGACCUAUAGAUAUAAUUAUAUGAUCAGGUAUUUGAAUUUAUCAUUAUGAUUACCUAAUUACAGUGGCGUAGUUAGGAUUUUUCAAUAGAAACCACCCUCCCCCCGCCAAAGAAAGAUAAUUCGUCAUUUCAAAAAAAAAAAAAAAAAAAAAACCAUUAGUACACGACCUCCACCGAGGGAAAUCCGAUAGACGAUAAUAUUGUGUAAAUCUCGUUUAAAAUUGAAAAUACGACACGGGUAUAGUAUACAUUUUACAUUAUAAUAUGCACGAAGUAUAGGGAAAACUUUUAUAAUAUGUUGUGUAUACAUAUAUAUUAUUUCCGUUUUAUACUCGCAGAGCGUCAUUUUAAACGGUUUUGAAAUAUAUAAUGUGCGCACGAUUUAACAAUAAAAGCCUGACGACAAAAGUUCUUUAAUUGUCGUACAUACGAUUUAAUUGUAAUUACGAUUGCGUAUAGCGACAAUAGCUGUGCCCGUUCUAUACUUAUAAUGUCUUUACCAACGUACGUUUCAAUCAAAAACGAUAUAUAUAUAUAUAGCUAUACGUGUAUGUGUAAGUGUUUCGCGUUUUAAAUAUUUGUAUACCAUUUUCCCGCGUUUCCUCGUUAUAAAUUGCUUACGUAAUACGAGGUGCGUUGAAAAAGUUUCCGGAUUGUUUGAACUACGUGACACCGGAACGUUAAAGAAUAGUACAAUUGGUAUCACACUGGCUUCUGCGACUUCUGCUGGACAUAUUUGUUUUGAUUAUUGAAGAUUCUGUUUUAAUGUAAUCGAUAUUUUUGUAAAAUAUGUUUUUGGCUUUUGAUAAUUUUGUAAUGAAUCCUAAAAAAAGUUCAACUUGACGAAUUUUUGGUGGAGUGGAUUUUUCUUCUAUUGACCGUUGUGAUGACAGAAAAUUGGUCGACAGAGAAAUGUAACAUUUCACAUGACUCAUACGAAACCAUUGUAACUGGAAAUCUGCAAAUGCACCACGUGGCACUAACUUUGUCCCGAGAAUGUUGAGGAAAUGUCAAAAAUCAAAAACAAAUCAUUCAAGUUCAGGUUAGUCAGGAACUUUUUGGUAAUUAAAUGAUAAGUAAAUGAUAGUAAAAACGUUUUGAAAUAAAUUGAAGUUGAUAACAAUGAUAACAAUCAUUACCAGUAUCAUUGCAUAAUUAUCAAAAUGCAAGAUAAAUUCUAUCCAACCCUCUAAAUAAUCUCUUUAAGUUGCUCUUCUUUUGGAUUCAUUAAAAAAUCGCAAAACGCGAGAAAAUAUAUUUUACAAAAACAUAGGUUACAUUAAAGCGAAGAAGAUUAUAGGUAAUUUACAAAGACGUAUGUACACACGAGAAAUCACAAAAGCUAGUGAUACCAGUCCUACUACUACUACUACUACUACUACUACUACUACUACUACUACUCGACGCUCCGUCGUUGGUGCACAAUUUAAACAGUCCGGGAACUUUUUGAACACAUUUAUUAUUAUAAUUAUGACGAUAAUAAUAUUAUAGUAGCACGCGUAGUAUGGAUGAGACUGCAUCAGAGACGUAAUAAAAUUAAUUAUGAAAAUGAUUUGUUUAUAUAUAUAUUGUAUUGUACUAAUCGUAAACAGUCAUAGGUAUCGCAUGAAAGGAAAUCGCUACAUAAAGUUUGAUAAUAUAAUUACUCGAAUACUAAUAACAUUGUUUAAAAUCUAGCAAUGUAUACGCCUGCGUUUGCUUUUAGAUUCAAUUAUACAUAUAUUAUAGUUUACAAAUAAAGUUUACUAGUAAGUGAGAUAUUUUCAGUUUAUAAUAUAAUAUAAUUAUUUAUGUUAUUUACUGCUGCACUUGUGCGUAUAUAUUCCCGUUGUUUCUGAAGUAAGAUGAAUGUAUACGUGUAAACGUUGUUAAAAGGUCUGCAGAAAUUUAACUUAAUUAAUUCACGAACUUGUAUUCCAAUGGUAUAUUAUAUUUUAAUAACUCUUCUUGAUUUCGAAAAUUAUUACUCUAGCGUAUUAUAUAUACCUAAUGGAGUACGAAAAUAACAUUAUAGGUAUCCAUUUUCGAAUUCGAAACGAACAAUGUAUAUUUCAUCAAAUUAUAAUAUAAUUAGCUGUAUCACUUGGUUUUGUCCGUGCAUCACAGUGUUGAAAGAAAAAGAAAACGUGUCUUCCAGUGGAAACAAUCAAUUGUAAUAAAAAUUAAAAUAAAUUUAUCCCGUUUAACCAAUGGACACAACAGAAAUAAAUAAGAAAAAAAUUAAAUGUUCAUAAUGAUCGUAUUUAAAUGACAGAUUUCAUGUGCGUGUAAGCCUGCUUGAGGGGCUACAAUUUCUAUUCAAACCAUUCUUUCAACACUGCUGGAACUCAACUCAACCAUUCAUUGCCUUUUAUUACAGUUGUAGUUGGAUUGAUUUCGACAAGGGUUUAGCUAUAUAUGUUUUAUAUUCACACAUAUUUUUAAUAUUAAAAUAUAUGAUAACUAUCUUAAAUAAAUCGGCAAUAAAAACGCGUAAAAACGUGUCUUACAAAAAAAUAAUAUUUUGACAUUUCGAAAUGUUUAUGCUUGGGAUUUUUGUUUGUUUUAAUUAAAGCAAUUAACGAUAUUGUAAAUUGUGUUUUAUUGUUGUAUACAAAUAUUUAGAAUUUCUUUUUUUUUAAAUUUAAAAUUCAUAUUUUAUAUUGAUUCAACGCAGUCAUGAAUAGUGCGUACUACGUAGUAUACUAAAAUAUGAAAAUAGGUCGACUCUGAUAGCCGACUCACUGCGAGAGGAAUUGCAAUACAUUCUUGAAUUUUUCACAUACAUUUUAUAAUAACAUAGCCUAUAACAUGCUUAAAAUAAUAUACCUAUGUAUUUUAGACAUAUUAAUAUUUGUAAAAUAAUAAUUUUAAGGUACCCAUCAUAAUCCGAUUCACUGUACCACAAUAGUAUUAAUUAUAUUAUAAUUCGUACAGUGAAAUAAAUAAAUACAGUUUUAAUUAAAACUAUAAGCCCAUAUUAGCGAUUUAAUUAAAUGUAUUAUUUGGUUCGAUUUUUAUUUACCAUAGAUUAAGUUAUAUACUAUUACCACACACAAUAACAUAUCUACCCUUAUUUUUUUUUUAAUAAGUAUCAGAAGUACCUAUAUAUAUAUAUAUAAAUACAUAUGUAGUUAUUAAGUAUAUUAUAAUAUGUACGCAUCAAAUAUUGUAUGUGCAUACACAAUGAGAUUGAUUAAAAUGGGCAAAUAAUUGAUCGUUUUCAUAAAAUAUUUAAAUUCGCUAGUUUCCACUCGUAAAAUCGAAAUUUCAAACUGUCUGUGAGUUUAACCGCGGGUAACCUACAGCUCAUUAUUUGUUUUCAUACCUGUCUAUUCGACAGCACUCGUUGACGGGUUAUUAAUUACAAAAAUAUUAAACGAAAACUACUCUAUGCAUUAAUACUAUCUGCCUUAUAUAAUCGUAUAACUAUAUAGGUAAUAAUUUACUCUAUCGUGAUUGACUGACUCGCUAACAUGAUAUAUAUUAGGGUGUUUCAGAAUUUUUUUUGUAUAUCAGAUAUUCUUCUUCUUGUGAUAUUGUACAGUGACUGCUCGUCGGAUAAGGCGAGUAAGGCGUCGUAUCAUCGAUAAUUUUCUUAUUACAGUAAACUAUUAUAGUUUAUUAUACGAAAAUGGCACCUAUCAAAAUCUUAAAAUUAAUUUCGUUCAUAAUAUAGUUAUGGGUUAAAGACAAAUUCGUAUAGUUACUAAUCGACUUAAUAUUUUUACAUUUUCAAAACAAUUACAAAUAAUUCCAAACCUAAAAUCAACAAAUAAUGAUUAAUAAUAACUGCAGUAUCUCGUUUUCUAUUUCUGAUACAAUAAUUUUUUAUAUGAAAUACUAAAGACGUUUGACAUUUUACCGUUGAAAACGAUAAAAUAAAAUCACUAAACGUAUUCGAAAUAUGUGUCUGUCGUAUACCUAUACUCGUAGACAAAAUAUUAAGUAUAAUAAUAUUUUUCAGUUGGCUAUUAAUUUGACGGUCGAUAAUUCAUUCACGUAAACGUCUAAUUUUAGUGCAUAUACUUAUAGGUUCGUUUAGAUUUAAAAAUUCGGAAGAAUUAUUAAUUUUCAGUACAUAUAAUACAGUCUCGGAUAGUCAAUACAGAAACAUAAAUUACGCGUUAUUGUUAUUUUUUUAUUUAAAAAUGUAACGAAAUAAUACGUAAUGUAAUUAUGUUUUUUGUUACCUGCGAUAUUAAUGUAUCAUCAUAAGGUAAGUAAUAACACUAAUAGUAAUUUUACUAAAAGUAAUGCGUUUAGUACUUUGAAAAUUACGAAUUAUCUAUUUUUUGUUACAGUUUUAAUAAUAAUAUGACAAAUAUAUCAUACCUACUUACUACAAAUAUAUUUUGUGAUUUUAAUGAAGUAAAGAUUAAUUCUAGAUUAGACACCUACAUUUAAAUGUUUCAUCUAUGUAUUAAUUUAAAAAAAAUAUGUGAAAGAAUAGCGAGUUAAAAAAAAAAGUAAUUUUGUAACUUUCUAGUUUUAGGAGUAAUAAGUAAUUUAUAUUUACGUAAACAUUAAUUGAUGCAAUGAAAGAUAUGUGAUGACAUUAAACUUAAGAAAGGUCAAAUGAUUAUAGUAUUGUAAUUACAACUUUUGAAAGUAACUUGCUCUAUCAAGACUUGUAAUCAAAUGUAAUUCAAUAUCUUACUUUAAAACUUCAUCAAAAUUAAAAAUUAAUAUACUUUUCGAUCAAAUAUCGGACCAUAUUUUAGAUUAAUCCAUAAUCACCAUUGAGUAAUCAUUCAAUCUAAAUAAUAAAAUGUACUCUAAUAACAUUUUUCACAAUUAGACUACACCACUUUUAAUAAUACUAUUAGACUGUGAACCUAAAGUGAACCUAAAGAAAGUGAAUUAGAUCACAUCUGACUAAAACUAUUCAUAUUAGGAAUCAGUAGUAUGAAGAUAUUAUUAAAUUUAAAUUAUUGUUAUUUAUACUUAUCUUAUAAUAUUUGUAUGGAUUUGCUAAACAAAUUAAAAUAAACGUGGAUUAAAAUAUGUUAUUUGUAUUCCACGAUUGACCUGAAAUAUAGUCUAUCUCUCUCACUAGAUAUUGAUAUUUAGUUGUAUGUAGUGAGGGACAUACAACGCGCAGUCUAUCUCUUUAUAUCUUUAUGGUUGGAUGCGAUUUAAAAUGAUACGAGGACAGCCGGUGUAUGCGAAGUGGGAGAUCGGAUCAAGUGGAAGUUUAAAACGAGGGUGACCGACCCCAAAGAGUUGGAAUGAAGGCGAAGGAGAAGAAGAAGAAGGUAUAAUAAUAUUUGCAAACGGUCCGACACUGGGUAUGCAAUAUUAUAGACUUCAGUAUUAUCAAUAUCAUCUUUCUGUUGUAAAAUCUAAUAGUAUAAUGUCUUGCUCGUAAUCGUAAUUAUAAACCAUUAUUGUAUUUAUCACGCAGAGUUCAAAUUAAUUAAAACCACAUUUUUUUUUUUUUGGUAGAUACCUAAUAUAAAUACUAGAAUAUCGGUCUCGUCGCGGGGGAUGUCAAAACCAAUAUAACAAUGGAAGCAAAAAGAAAUAACCGAGUAUAUACGGUAUAUUAUUAAUAUUGUUGUUUCGCCCCGAAGUUAUUAUAUUUUCAGGUACAUUUAUUAUAUUUCUGGCAGCGUAGUUAUCCGGUCAUUUAUAAGACACAUUUUUUUAUUCGAUUGAAUUCUUUGGGUGUUUUUUCCACCUUUUUUCUUCGUGUUUUUUUUUUUCUUCGCCAUCAAAUUAAUAUUCACGUCGGAGUUUCCCGUCGGAGUAAAGCCAGGUGCCGGGUGACGAUCGGGGGUAGAGGAGGAGGUUAGGGGCAACACAUAAUCACGAAUAACGAGCCGAAUCCGCCGUCGUCGGCGACAGCUGCAUAUAAUAAUACUAAUAAUAAUUCGACGAUGGUGGCGAUCUCGAAAGACCACGCCCAUAUUAUGACCAUUCGUUUUUGCGUUGUUUUAUUGAUGUUCUCUUCUUUUGCAUUUUUUAUUAUAUUAUUAUUGUCAUCAUAUACAAAUGUAUGUAUAAUACAUGAUAAAUAUUACGAAUAACUAAAACUAGCGUUUUAUAUUGUUUUAUUAUGCGCUCCGUGAGUCUGGUACGGUGGCCGUGGCGUUUAGAAACCAUCGCUAUCGUAUUUUAGAUUUGUAUAGAUUCGGAUGGUAGCUAGGGAUCUAUUAGUUUUACUGUGAUGUGUAUUUUGUUUUUUUGUCUAUGUAUUUUUAUUUGGUAGGUACCUGUUUAUUAAAAUUAUAUGACUUAGAGAAAUACUUCAAAAUUAAAUACAAGGUACAUUAUAAGUUGUACUUAGUGGUCUAAAAAUAAAUUUGAACUUAAUGCACAAGUUUUUUCUGAUAAGUGUUUUAAAAUGAAAUUUUAACGAAAUUCGUAAAAAUUACAGCAUUUCAAAAUAUAUCUUACCGAACUAUUUUUUUUCUAAAUAUUGUAUGCGUAAUGCAAGUUGUUGUUACAACGUCGGAACCUGUCUAAACAUUGGAAAAUACAAUUUCCUUAUAAGGGUGCAAAACUGAGUUUGACCAAACGAAUUCGUCAUGCGCGAAUAGUUAUGGUUUUCGAAUUUAGGUUUUUUCACGUUACUCGUUGGUAUCAAACGAAAUAACCCAUUAUUUACCCCUCGAGUUUUUUUAAGUUACAUAGGUGCAUAAUGCUAGGGUUGCGACUAUCCAACACGUUACUGCCCGACUGCCUGAGCAAAUAUGUAAAAACGCAUUUAAAUUAUACCCACGGAAUCAGUUCCCCGAAGAGUUAAUAUCAAAGACUUAUGCAUCAUAAUAUGCUUGUUUUUGGAAGUGUAAUGUACUACAGUAUGUAGCAUUUCUGUUUUAGUAAGGGUCCGAAUAACAAUGUUAUAAUAUUCAUAAAUUACAAUUUUUUCUUAGCCGUUAUAUUUUAUUAAAAUGGCAAACGGUGAAUAAAAUGAUGUUGUAAAAAAAAUAUAGUGAAUCAAAGUGCGUGACGUAAAUUCAAAUCAAUGGGACGCAGAGAUUUUAAAUUUUGAAUAUAAUAUAUAAACUAGUAGUAUCUGAUGUUUAAGCUCCGGUUCGGUUUUUAAAUUUCAAUUUCUAUAUUAUAUAAUGGGUGCUUUGGACGUUCACAUCACUUGAAUUUUGGACUGAUUCGAAAUUGUUCUCCGGAGCUUUGGUGACGUGGAAAAAAACGAAUGUUGCGUUUAUAGAGGUUUACAGUAACGAGACGCUGCAGUUGAGGUUCUAUUAUUUAAUUUGAACGUCACGGCCAACGGGCAUUUCUCAGGGAGGUAAAAAUGAGUCAGCCGAAUUAUCUCGCUAGUACAGUACCGACAAAACUUACUGAAUUCGGUUAAAUGAACGCAAUAACUGCUAAGCCUAAUGCGACAAUUCGUAUAAACUAACAUAUUGUUGUGUGUAUAAUGCUUAAAAACAGAACACGGUAUUCGAGUUACACAUAGUUGCAUAAUAUACAUAAUUAUACACGAGUUAUACAGUUAAUACAUUCGAAUAAGAUUAUGUAGGGUUUUUGUGGUUUUCAAACUCGUUUUUAAAACGAUGGUUUCCAAUCUGUGGUCCACAGGCCUGUUAUAUUGGUGGUCCGUGGACGUAAGAAAAAGUGUCCGUUAUGACUUUUUUUCCGUUAUACAAAGUCUUCAAAGUUAAUGGUAACGGUUUAUCCAUCGAAAAUUCUCCGAAUAGUCUGCAUGAAUGUCAAAAAGUUUGAGAAUCACUGCUCUAGACCAUAAUAUAUACCAUCUCCGACGUCUUCGUAUCUUUUAUUGUUAUAAAAAUGUCAACUGUUGGCACGUCGAAUGAAUAUAAUUGUGGUUUAUUUUCGGACCCGUUCAGCCGCCGAGUAUAAAACAUUUGUUGAACGUGGUCUUUAAUGGCUAAAUAAGUAUAAUCAUAAAUUUGAGAGAUAUUGGAAUCUUGCCGGAAAUUCGUGGCGUAUGAGCACGACGGUACUCGGACUCUUUACGCAGAUACGAGCGGUUUCCUACACACAGUUUACGGAAAAUCCACGUGAACACAGUUCGAGUUGAAAUAAUUUACGGGAAUUUUUUUUUUUCAUUUAAAAUACAAAUAACUGCCAACCUUCAUAAACAAUAUUGCUAUAUACAUAACAUAUGUGGAGCUCAUUAAAAAUUAAACUGUUGCACCUUCUAUAUUUUGUUCGUUUUGACGUUUUUUUGGUAUAUACGGUAUAAUUAUUUAUCAGCUUAGGUACGUUGAACAUUUUAUUAUAAUUUAUACAAGUAUUUCGAGAUUUUAAAUUUUUUUGAAAAAAAAACAUCAAAGAAAUAACGAAAAUACUAUAUGAAAACAAAGAUAUUAUCAUAGAAAUAUAUUCGGAGCGCAUUGUUUAUAAAGGGUGACAAAUGUUCAUGGAAACUUUAUUUUAAUUAUCGGUUCCAGUGCAACAUCAAGGAGCUAUUCAAUGAUACCGAGGACAGGCAUCACAUUGUCAUGAUAAUUUUCAAGCUUCGAUAGAAAAGGAUAUAAGAUGAAGAAAAUAAUAAGAUUAAAUUAAACCCCAUAAUAAUAUUCACAUUUUAAAAAACUUCAACAAAUUGCAAAAAAUAAAUGAUUAUAAAUAUUUAGUUUAGUUGUAUCUAAACAAACAUUUUAACCAUAACAAUUUUCUAAAAUAACUAUUUUGAAUUUUUGUACAUUUUUUAAUUUUAAGUUUUUCUACAAAAAAAAAAAAAUAAUAAUAUAUUAACUAUAGCACAGAGGCAUACUAAUUAUUUAAAAAAAUAUACAAAUUAAAAAUAUUGAAUAGAACAAAAGUUAUUUCAAGUGUCUGAGCAUUGUGGGACACCCUAUAUAUACAUAUAUUAUUUAUAUUAUUAUUAAGUUUCAAAAAUAUAUUAUAAAUUGAUAUAGAUUGGAUCGUUAAAAACUUUUUAUCCUCUAAACAAUAUUCAUUUUAAAUGUAAACUGGUGUACUAUGAUUUAUGGCAUAGGUAUACAAAAUGGAAAUUAUGACAUUUUAAUAAUAUGUUAAGUUAUAAACUUUUAAACUGUAAAAUUGAGAACGUCAUAAAAACUUACACUGCAUUAGGGUACUUUAACUAUUAUUUAAGUAAUUUUCAGCACCAAAACUUAAAACUUCAAACUAUUAGCUAACCAAAUUACAAUAUAAUUGUAUAUGCACUUACCCUAAACCUGCAGAUGAAGAAAAGCACAAACUCGUGUUUAUUAUUAAGUCUAUAAUUUCUAAUAUAAUUUUAGAGUUUUAAAUGGAAUGACAAUCAAUAAUAUUAAUGUAUUCUGUCAAAUUUGAAUAUGUUUUUCAAGUUACUUAACGAAAUUGAAACAUAUUAUAUAGUAAACCAGUGGCGUAUAUAGAAAUUAUUUUUUUUUUUUUUUUGGGUAAGAGGUUAUAAAAGAUCUUUUGGAUUUUAGUUAAUAAAUAGAUUAAAUAAAUUUGUAAAUAAUACGCACGUGUGACGUACUAAACAUAAUUUUUUAUAGAGGGGUUGAACCCCUAAAACCCUCCCCUUUAUACACCAUUGUAGUAAACAAAUCAUCUGUCCACGUCUAAACCUACACGAGAUAAAUUGUACGUGCUUUAUAUUUUAAUAUAGAACGUUCUAUAGUGAGACGUGUUUCAGUAAAUUAUGUUUUGUUUGUACUAUUUUUUUUAAAAUUAUUUUUUUAUAGACAUAAAAAGCGUAUAUAAUACUAUUAAUUUGCGAGAUAAUCGGCAGUUUUUAUUUUUAUUACAACUAAAUUACCAUAUCGGUUAAAGUUGAACGACACAAACAGAAAACCAUUUGGUAGCGUGUUUGUAUUUUAUUUACUAUUAUAUUACUUACUACUAGUUACUACUAUUAUACAAUUUAUUAAGUAUAAAGUAUAAAAUUUGUUUAUGAGCAAUUUGUGGUAUACAUUAUAAUUUAAUAUUUUUACACUAAAAAUCAAUAUGACACUAGUGUAAACAUAAUGUAAUAUUAUAUGAUUUAUUUAUAAUGAAAUUUAUUUCCCUGUAGAAACGAUUUUCUAUAUAAUAGAAUAAAUUCUAAAAUACAUUAUUAUGGUUUUAAAAUUUAAAGAAAAAAUAAAAGACCCAAUUUUAAAAGUAUAUAGAUAAAUUUUAUCACGUGGAUUUUUAAGGUAAUCUUCAAGACUUGAAAAUUAUAUUAGUUUCGUUUAAUCUCUAAUAUUAUAUAUAAAUUAUAUAGUAUACCUAUGAUAAAAUUUAGUUAUUGCAUACACUGCGAAAUAGAUAUUUUUAAUUUGUAAACAUAAUAUUCAAAAGCAAUUUACCUUUUUAUUAUAAUUUCUUCUCUACAAUCGUAUGCAUUUCAUAAUUUUCAGGUCGUCAAACUAGAAUUUUUCUAGUUUUUUUUUUAGUAUCUAUUUAGUUUUGUGAAUAAAACUAAAAAUCAAAAAUUUCACUUGAGUUAAGUUUAUUAUAAGUUAUGUGAAUUAUAAAGUCAAGGAAGUUGUAUUUUUAUAAGCCUUCAAAUUUUGACGAAAAUCAUACAAAUUACGUCAUUUUUUUUUUUUUUGCUCCCAAUCAUUGAGUUUGCAUAGAUUCGUCCUAAGUAAUAUAGACACAAGUGUUAAGAGGUUACGGCGAAUGAACCUCCUGAAACUUUGCUAAGCCCUCCCUUGACCAUUGAGCAAUUUUCACCUGUAUAUAUAUAUAUAUAUAUAAUAUAGUUUACUCCUCCCCUAGGAAAUUAUUUACGGACGCACCUAUGCGUGUAUUCGCAGUGCAGGAUGCAUGUGGGUCUUGUCGCCUAUCGGGUAGUUAGGGUAGUUAUAUGUAUUAUGUAUAUAGUAUACAUUGUGCGUCUUUUAUAAACCUGUAAUUAUUAUUUCGUGGAAUAUAUCGGGCCUGCAGUGUAGUUUCGUUAGUAUAUUCAUUCACGAUGACUUGUAUAGUAAUGGUACCUACUGAAUUAAAUUUUAAUACCAAUCGAGGUCGGCCAAGCGGUGCAAAUUGCAUGAGUAACCUAUUUGAUAUAAUAAUAAGAUAUAUAUUAGAUAAAAUCAAGUUCGAUUUUAUGUUGCUUAAUAAAUAUAAAUAAUUUAAUAAAAAAAAAUACAAACCUAUAAUAUUUUAUUCCGAUCUUCAUGAAACUUUGCACAAAUGACAUUUCAAAUAAUAAGAGGAAGGAUAUUUUGUUAUCUCGAAUUUCAACCCCUAAAGAGUGGCUAAUGCAGAGUUUCUGGUAAUUUCGGAAAGAAAAUUGAACUUUUUUAAUUCGAUUUAUGAGUUACCUUGGCGACACGGAUGAAAAAAAAAAUAGUUAUUGUUAUUUAGUUGACACGGAUAAGAAAGUACCCAUUAAAAAAAAUUACCAGGCAACAACUAUUUACUGUUUUAGGGAUAUACUAGGUGAGCCCGGGAAAUACCGAGUAAUUCAGCUAGUAUAUUACAACAUACAAUCUAAAAAUCAAUUCGAAGCCUAAUCCUUUAGGGAACUAUUUUUGCAUGUAUAUUAUUGAAUUAUUUAUUUAGUAAAAAAAAUUACAUAUAGCUGACGUAUAUAGGUGGGUACAACAAACUACACGGUAAUAAUAUACAUAUGUAUUCCAGCUAUUAUUAAUUCAUAAAAAUAUGACCCACAUUUAAUUUUAAUGUGUGUGGAAUUAAUAUAAUUAUAUAUCUACCAUAUUAUGUGUGCUUGAAAAAUAAAAAUUAACCGUUUAAAUCAUUAUUUACGUUUAAUCGUAAUUUUAUGUGUGUAAUAAGAUUGCCGCGAGUAACUUAGUGUACUGAAAUUAAAUUAUAUUUUUAAAAACAUAUUUCCAUGUACAUAUUUAUUACAUAUUUAACCUUUAUGCUCGUUUUCUAUACAGUACACGAUAAAAUUAAAAUAUUAUAUUCAGUGGUCGCUUAACAUAACAUUAAAAAUAGUACUAUAAAUCUCGAUAAGUACACUAAGAAACGAAGCAUUACUAUAGUUAGAUAUUAUAAUAAAUAGGUAUAAUAUAAUGACGGAAAUGGUCUCUUUCUCGUGAAAUUCCUAAUAUCUAAAAACACUGAACAUCAUAUUAUUAUCCGGUGGUACCUAGGUACCCAAUGUUGUAACUUGGUUAUUUUUUGGCAAUUUCUGAUCAUCACAGUUGCAUUCUGAUUCUGAUAUAGUCUCCAUUAUUAUACGAAUAUUGUUUUAAAACAGAAUGUACUGCUUUUCGAAAAUGGAUCGAAACUAAAAACGAUCGUGAAAAUAUAUCUUUGACAAAUUAAAAAUAUGUACGCAUAUAAAUAGCUACGAAAAAUUUGUUUUCAAGACUCCCCCUUUUUUUUUCUUUCAUUAAUAACCACGUAUAUAUUCAUAAAAUUAAAAUAAUUAUUUUAUUAUGCAUACAUUUCUGAAUACGUAUACACUACCUAUACCUAUACCUAUGUAUUUAUUAUAAUAUACUAAUAUACAUAUUAUUACCAAAUUACACCGAAUAAUAGCAAUUAACAAUUUUAAUUUAUUAUUUGAAGUGAAAAGGUUCAUUUGGAUCACAUAAAUAACGUCAUAUUUAUGUUGGCUAUAAAAAGUCACUUAGCUAAAAUUAAAAUUAGAUUAAAAGUGCAUGAAACACAAAAAUCAUGGUUUAAAUUAUGUAUGUAUACUAUGUGGAAAAUUAAUACAUAGGUAUUGGCGACAUAGUGAGUACUUAUAGAUAAAAUAUUAUUAUUAUCUCCCAAGGCAAAAAUAUCUGAUACAGUUUAAACAAAAUAAUCUCACGAUCUUUAUCUAUCGAAAUUAUUCAAAAUGUAUAGCUAUGAAAUGUAAACACAUUUAGCUUUAGCUGAUGGAUAACCAUUAAACGUAUUUAACGAGAUGGUCUCAUAGUGAUAACACGUUAAAAAUGACCAUCGUCGUAUUCAGUGCGGGAAAAGUAUUUUAGUGUGGAGGAUGUGCCUUUUGGAGGUUUCGACUUUCAACCCUCACGCCUCCAUUUCGUAGGCUGACAUGUCAUCGUUUUAUUUGUAAUAUAGUAAUAAAAUAAGCUAUUCUAAUAUUAUAAAAUUCGACCAUUUAAAGUUUUACAUACAAAUAUAUAAUAUAUAUAUAUAUAUUUCUAUAAUAUAAAAUAGAGUCGACCAGAUACUUAUUGUUAUAUUACAUUUUCACUUGUACUUAGCCGGAUGUUUUAAAAAAAUAUCGAAAGAAAUGAUUUUUUAUAUUUUGUUUUUAUUCUUUUACGCGUUAAUUGAUUAUUAUUUUUCUUUUAUCCUUAUGAAAUCGUAGUACCCGUUAAAUAAUAGAUUAUACAUAUCAGCUAUUCCGGUCGCAUUUAUCUAUAUUAUGGUAUAUCGCCGCUACAAUGAGUAUGUCAUCCACUGCGGUCAUUACGCUAUCUUUAUGACGUGAAAAUACGUUGUGCCGGUACAACGGUUUCGUCAGUAUAAUAUUACAACAGACAUAUACAUGUAUACGGAACCAUUAACGUAUUCGCGUGUUUCGUGUAUAUUAUACAAAAUAAUACACGUUUUCAAAAUGUACAUUAUUUUCUUUGCUCGAAUAAUCCGCAUGGCGGCGUAUAAAUAAUGUCAAAUCUUCGCACGUGAACAAAUAUAUUCGUUAAACCGUCCACCGGGAAAUUUAGUCGAGAUGAAAAAAUAAUAAUAAUAAUAUGGAUAAUACGAUUCUGAACGAAUUUCGGUUAAACACGUUCGGAGUGCUGUGUUUUUUUUUUUCAAAAUACGUGCAUUGAAAAAUCGUACAGAAAAACUACUACAUAACACUCGAGUUUUUUUUUUACCGUGUGAUUUACUUGUAACGAACCUCGUGUACAAUUUAUUUUCAAGUGGUUUUGUUUCGUCAAAACAAUUUUAAUCCACAUAAAAACAGAAAAAAAAACUAAAGAAACUCGAAAAUAUCUAAUGCAUAUAAGCUUAAAAAUUAGAAGAUUUUGAACAUUUAACUACGUCUUGAAAAGAUUAAUAAAAUUAUUCUACGAAAAUUUCAGGUCUCUACGAUUAUUUAAUUAACUAAAUUAACUAAGUUAAUAUACCUAGAUCUAGAUUGUGUUAUCGUUUUCUUAUCACCUGGGGAGAAGUGAGUGCUGUGCUCAGAAUUUAAAAUGGAGAUUAUUUCUGCUAGAUUUUAAUUAUUUAUAUUGAAGUGAAAGAUACAUAUUUUUUUGAAAAAGUUUAAUUUUUUUUUCUCCAAUGAACAUAUUACACCUAUAUAAAAAAAAAAUUAAAAAAGGUGCUACACUAUGUACAUCGUAGAACGUGACGCUAUCACUGAUUCUGUUAAAACGUAACGUGAUGGCAUUUGGUAAAUUAAAAAAAAAAGUAAACGAAACAAAUAUAAAUAAUAAUAUACGAUUGUUAAUAUACAUGAUUGCUUAUGAAGUUUUAACAGUGAGAUGAUAUUAUAUUAAUAUUCAUUAAAAUAUAUUUCGUGGAAUAAAAUUUCCUCAGAAGAUAUUGUAUACAUUUUUAAAACAACAGUUCAACUCCCACUCCAAUGAAGAAAACAAAUUUACCUGUACCAUUUAUAAAAAGGUUGCUUAUCUUUAAAAAUCGAAUUUUUUUUUUAUAAGUGCUUAUAGCCAAAACAAUGAAUCAACAAUAAAAUAAUAAAGUAAAAUCAAAAUUAUUAAAAUAGUUAAUACUCGUAAAUAAAUUUAUUAAUAAAAAAUGCAUAUGUAAAAAUAAAAUAAAUAAAUGAAUCAAUGCGUCGUCUGGAGUAUUAUGAUAAGUGUAUUAUACGACCGGUUUCGAAUUGAAAAUUUAUCAUCAGGUAUAUCACAGUCAAAAUGUAAAACGCGACUUCACGAAUUUUUAAUUCGCAUCGAUUCAUUGAUUUAUUUUAUUUUUAUACAUACAUUUUUUAUUUAUAUAUUUAUUUACUUUAUUUAAUGAAUUAACAUUUUUACGAUAGUAAUAAUGAUUACAAAAGUCGAUAAAUUAAAAAAUGUAAACUAUUUACGUAGUAAAAAUAUAAUAAAAGUUUCGAAUAGGUAUCGCUCCGCUUCAAGCUUGGCAAAAUCCUUAAUGUUCACUACUGUUAUGCGUACAACCGCGGUAUAUGAGAAGCUUUUAUAAAUUCCAACGCGGAACAAAACAAUAAAACACGCAACCACCGCCGUCGCCAUCGUGAAGUAUAGUAGAAUUAACACGAGAGCAGUGUUAAUAACAAUUAGAGAAAACUUAUUUGGUCCUAAGAGCAUACGACUGACAGUAGUGAGUUUCAAAAAGAGCGUUCGGGGUCGGAAGUUAAGUAUUAUAAUAUAGGUCAAUAUAUAUUCCGUUUUAAAAAUAACGGAAUAGACGAUCAAACUCAAAAAAAUUAAAAACUAAACGUAAGAUUAGUGUGGUGUGUGGUGUACUUUAAUAUGGUUUAUACUUUAUACAGAUGAAUAUCGUUGAAUCAAACAAUAAUCAUUAAGCGUGGCUAUCAUAUUAUCAUUGUAGACGAAUCCGGUAAAAAAAAUCGUUUAACCGUAAAAUACAAAAAAAAUACGUACAUUUAAUAAAUUAAAGUUUUAACAUAAUUAUAUCUAAUCAGAGUACUUGAAAAAUAUGGGAGAGACGACACCAAAGUAUAAAAAUUCAAUUUCCGUUACUACAAUAAUUUAGACACAAUUGAAUAUUUCAAUUUUUGUUCGUUUUACCAACGUGUCCGGGGACCCGUAAGUGAAUUUACUUAACAAUUAAUUUUCUAUUUUUCUCAACUAUACAGAAAAAAACGAACAUAGUUCGUACCAUAGGUAGACCACUAACUGUUGUAGGUAUGAAGUUUGCAGAAACGUAUUAUAGAAUAUAGGCUAUAUAAUGGUUAUUUUCAGGUUUUUUCUACGGUGAAAACAACGAUAAAUCAUUACAAUUAAAAAACGGUUCUAAGUGGAACUUGCUAAACUAGUAAGAAUAUUAUACAGUAUAUGUCUUAUGUAAGUGUUAGUCCCUAUAGUAACCAAAAUAGUCCAGAAAUAAACAAAAAUAAUAUUACCUGUAUUAAAUAAAUCGUUAAAAUUGUAAAUAUUAUAUCGUCAUUUUUAUUAUAUCGGUUUUUCUAAAAUGUUUUGAAAAAAUUUUGGGGAAAGUAGCAAACUAAUGCAAAUUAGUAUCACUGGGUGAAAAAUACAUAUCGUUAAAUACAGUGUGAACAAAUUUGAAAUAUUUAUACUAAUCUAAAAUGUGUUAUUCGAGUAAAAAAACACACACUAUUUUAUUUUCUACACUACACUCGAAAUCUAAAAUACAACAUUAUACUAGAGUACCUACAAUUGUGGAAAAAUAUUGUAACAUCAAACUCGGAAUAUCAUAUUUUUAUGCUUUAUAAAACGUAGAUACCUAUAUAACAAUAAGAAAUCGCAGUCGGUAUUUUUCGGAACAACAAAUAUUAUUAUUGCAGCGAAAAAACGGGCUAAAUUUUACUAAUUUUGGUGCACAAGACAAAAAUCAUAAGCGAACACGUAAAUUCUAGGACUUAUUUUAGAUGUGCGGUAGAAUAUAAUCUGUGUGGCACCACAGCAAUAUAGUUCAAAGUGCGUGGAAACAAAUUGAAAACCGUGUUGUAGGAUUUAAAUUUAAAUUACUUUACACGAAAAUGCAUUUUACAGUCUGUGCGUGGGAGUAGAAAACUUUUUAUUUUAAAAUAAUGUGUUUUUUUUUCCUUUUUCUAAAUAGAAUACAGGUCCGAAAAGAAUUCUCAAAGCCCUCUGUAGAACACAAAUAUUCGAUUUUGCCAUAAUUCAAAUUUUUAUAACAUAUUAUUUAUAAUAUAUAUUACGUAAUAUCACGAUAAAAAAUGUCGUUUAACAUAAAAUACAGGUACGGUUAGAUAAGGUAAAUAUACGAAUACGUUCACCCGCAAAUUUUUAAACGAAUUAAAGAAAACAAAUCGUACAUUUUUGAAUUGUUAAACAUUCUAUGUUUGACUUACUGAAACCGGGCGAAAUCAAUCAUGUUCGAUCAAAUAAAUAAUACACGCUUAUUAUUGAUAUACUCAUACCAAAGUUAGGACUAGUAUAAUAAAAUCGCAAAAUAUAUUAUAUUCUUUUAUAACCGUCUGAUCGUAAAUCAUACGUGUUUUCAACUUAUUAAUACUUGUUUAAUAUUAUAGGUUUAAUGACAAUUGUAAACGGACGCUUGGAAAUUCUAUCAUAUUUAUGUAGAUUAUACAGAUUAUAAUAUAUGUACAGAUCACUCGUAAACCUGCAUUGUUUUUGUGAGGAUUUGAUAAUUAAAUCGGAAAACUAUGAGUAGGUAGUAUAGUGUGAUUUAUUUGAACAAAUAUUAAUGGAAAAUAUAUAGGUGUAGUAGAUAUUAGGUAGGUAGGUAAAUUAGGUUUAAUUAAGUAUUAACGUUUAUUUAAAAAAAAAUAAUUAAAAUAUAUAAUUAUAUUUAAUAAUUUAAUAAUUAUAUUUUAAUAAAAUGUUUAAUAUUUGCAAUACUUUAAUAGUUUUCAAAUGAAUCUGGACAGUUUUUAAUAGUUUUAUACUCACGAAGAUAUUUUUUUUUUUUAUUCGUCUCAAAUAUUCUACUCGUGGCAUAAUAUUAUUUUGCUAAUCGUAAAAAAACGAUAAUUUCGAUACCUAUAAUAUAGUUAUAUUUUCGAAACGAUAAUUAUAUUUCCUUUAACGUCGCCCUAUAAAUUAUUAUAAUCGAAUACGAAUUCUGUUUUUAAUAAUAUUCUGUUAAUAAUAUAUUCCGCGCGGAUAUCGAUCGAAAUAAAAAAUAUUAAUAGACCGGCUGGUUUUUUAUAAACAAAAUUCAAUUCCUAUAAAGUUUUAAGAUUACACGAUGAGUGUUUUUCGCGUCAUCUCGUUUUAUUUGCGGUUUUCCAUCGAAAGCAUAAUACCAGAUAAAUACGAAGACGGAAAUUUAUGUGUUUACCAAAAAAUAAAAAAAAACCAAAUUAAAUAGCUUUCUGCAUAAAAUAUGAAUGAGUUGUUAUUAUUAUUAUUUUUUUUUUUUAAUACAUUUUUUAUGUAGAGAGGCGACGGUUUUCGACAAACCAAUUACAUAACCGACGGGCAAUCGUCAUAAACACACUUGCUGGUUGUGCGAUUUAUAAUAGUAUAAUAUUAUGAUAACCGUCUGUAUAUUUCAGCUAUGGACUAAGUCAAUAUUAUGUCAAUUUAUGAUUUUAGUCAUACAUAUAUAAUAUAUAUAAAACAACUAGAUUUUCUACUAUGAUAUGAGUUAUGAGUGUAGUCCCAUAAGAAAUGUGAACAGCUUAACAGCUAAAGGACAAUUUUUAUUGAUUGGCCCAUGAAAUAUUUGUUUAUAUCGUGAAUUGUGUGAAUUAUGUAUGCACACCAUUAUGGUAUAGAGUCUAUGGGAAUAAUUUCAAAUAUUUGUCAUGCCUACCUAAUAUGGUGUAUUUCUCACGUAAUUCACUGUAUGAACAAAAUAUUUCACGGGUUUAUAUAAUAUUAUAUCUAUGAAAUUAGCCUAUCGAAAAUCGUUUGUAUUCUAAUAUCAUACGCACACACCAGAUGGACUAAGUGAGUCAGCGCCUCGAGUGAUGGCUGAAGGACUGAUAGCUGUAGAAAGUGGUGGAGACGGUCUGCAUCCGCCGACGGGUAGAAUAGGUAUUUGGUGUACAAUAAUAAAAUCUUUAGAGAAAAAAAAAAAUUCAGAUAUAUACCGGUAAACACGUCACGUACCCAUAUGAAAUUCCCGAUAGAAAAUUCGAUUUGGCAUUUCAAUUCGUUAGUUCGCGCACCACUGUCCGUGAAAAGUAGGUAUGCGUAAUAUAUUAUAUAUGAUAAAGGUACUCAUAUAUAUAUGUGUGCGUUUUUUGUACUAUAUAUACCUACAUGUAUUUAUAUAUCUAUACUGAAUCACCACCACAGCUCUUAUUUAAGUAUUGCAGACUACGUGCACGAUUCUGGAGAAUAUUAUUUAUUAUUUAGGUUUGGGUCUCGUAUAUAAAUGGCCUACGUGGCAUUAUAUGUGAUUUUUUUGAUCGAUUUCAAUGGGGAGAGAGGAAAAGAUCUUCCUGCACGCAGUGGCAAUGCGGUAAAUGUGUAUAUAGUGCAGCUCUUGACGUAUACGCAUCUCGGUCCGAAUAAUAUAUUCGAAGGAGAAAACCCCUUGUAAAAAAUAUAAUGUAUAUAGUCGUUUAUUUUUUACUUUUUUUUAUGCUGCCUACGAGAAUCUUUAAUAUAGCGACUUGGUAUACUUGGUGAUUGAGACUUCGAAGCAGUGAGAUUAAUUCAAGGAAAAUUUACCCCGCACGUGGACAUUUUAGCAUCAAUAAAGGAGAAAAAAGACAUUUUUAUCGUUGUAUAGAAAAUAUUAAUAAUUAUAGUGUAUUUGUAUACAUUGAACGAUCAUAAAACAUUAUAGUGUUAUUAACUAAAAAAAAGUGCUGAUACUGGGAACGAAUAUGCCACUCAGGAUGUGCUUCCCAGGUGGGAAGUUGAGAUAAUAGGAUACAUUGGGUUAUUUAAUUUAUAUCCGCGAGCAUCCGUAAAUUAUUGCUAAUGAAAAACGAUUCUGAGUGAAAGUUUGGUUGUACAUGUUUUGAGAGGCCGUCAUUUUUAUGAUCAUCGUCAAAAUUUGAUAUUGAAACUCCACUAAAAAAAAAUACUAUAUGUAUAACCUAAGUCCAUUAUUUUUUUUUUACCACUUAAGAGGAUUUAUAAUGAACCUUCUGUAAAAUCUUCCAGCAUUUCUGGUUAAUCAUACAAUUUAAUCCAGAGUACCUACCAAAUAAAAGAUACGUAAAAAACUAGCAAAAUUUAAAUAUCUAUAAUUAGUUCUAAAAUAGCUAAAAUAACUUUUAAAAUUUUACCACGUUUAUAAAAGUCAAAUAUGAGUUUUCUGUCAACAUUUUAAUUUUCUGCGAAUAUUUUUAACUGAUAUAUGCUAAAAAAUGCAAAAUUAAAAUAAUAAAAGAACAUUAAAAAAUAAAAAAAAACAUUUAUUUCGUUAAUGUUUCCAUUGAAAAUGUAUUUUUUUUUUAUUAUGCUUAAUUAUUAAAAAAACUACACAGGAAAUUAAAAAACGACUUUUAUCCUCACUACUCACAUUAAAAAUUCAACAAAAAAGUUUCAUGUUAUUUUUCUAUUGGAAUAAUAUUUCUAGUAUAAAACAUAAGUCGUACAAUUUAAAAAUAAAGGAAUUAUGCCACCAUAAAUUUAUCAGUUUUUAUUUUUCAUCUUUUUUGUUUUCCUCAAUUAUUAUGAAAACUUCUCGGAAAAUCAAAAAACGAUUUUCUUUGUGAACAACUAGAUCAAAAUUUAACAAAAAAGGUCUCUACCGUUUUUGAUUGAAGAAAGAUUUCUAAUAGAAAACAUAUAUCAAAAAAUGUAAAAUCAUGAAAUCGUCACAUUGUAAAUAUUUGUUCAUUUAUAUCUACGUUUACUUACGUUUUUUCUGUAUUAUUAUGAAAACCGCUUUGAGAAUCGAAAAAUGACCUCCCUAAAGUACCAUAAAUAUCCAAAUUCAACAAAAAUGGUCUUUUGUCAUUUUUUUUUUUUUAGAGUAAGUUAUAAUGUUAUGAUGUCUACAGUAUAAAAUGAAAACAAAAAAAAAAUAAACAUCACUGUAAAAUCAAUACACUCCUCGAUUCGCCCAGAAUCUAAAAUUAUAGUACAUUUUAAUUUUAACAAUAUUUAGCGUUUAUAAGAUAUCUUUAUUAUUAAUGGAAUGUGUUAGUUGAUAAAAUCGGUAAGAAUUAAUUUUUAAUAUUAAAACUAUUAUAUUUAUGAUAUAAAAUUAAUUUAGGAUAAAAAUAUAUUGAGACUGUAUUAAAAUAAUUUGGAAUUUUUUCUACGAAAAUCCUGUCGUACUUGCAUGGCAAAUGUUUUAGGGGGAAAUACAAUAUAUGUGAUAGACAAAAUAGUUUAUUUUAUAUAAAUAAAAAUGCAUUUUAAUUUUUUGUAUUGCACAAAUUUGUCAUUACAACGAUACAUAAAUAUUUUUGUAAACGCUGUUCGAGCGCUGGCGCUCAGUGUAUGUAAAUUACGUGCGCGCAUGUGUCGAAACGAACUCGUUGCCUAACUUUAACGUUUUAAUAUGUAUUAUUUAUUGUUUACGAGAUUGGAUUUUCAGUUUUGAUGUUUUCGGUGCACAAGUAACAAACAUUACAGGAAACAAACUUAAACUUUUAUUUCAAACAUUUAUGCGUCUACACUAAGUAAUGAUUUAUACUUAUACAUAACACAAAUAUCUGGUUCGAUACGUAUUUUCGUUCGUCAGACUGCAAUUUAUUAAGGCACCGGUAAUAUUCGUAUUAUUAAAAAAAGCCAACCAAAAUACAAAAUAAUAUAUAGCAAUAAUUUAAUAACGUGGUAAAUAUCCAAAUAAUUAUAUUGUAAAUCCUAUUUGUUUACGAUCUGACUGCGCAAUUAUUUCGAAAAUUUCGAAUUUUGCGGUUCAAGGAUCAGGAGAGAUAAUACUCUUUAGAAAAGGUUCAUAAUAAUAAUGCGUAAAAAGAGACAAUUGGGCCGUGAACUGAAUUUAAAAAGACAAAUUAUAGUUAUUAUUAUUUAUGAAGGCGAUUGAAAGCUGAAAUAUAUUUCUUAUCCUUGCAAAUAUUAAGAAAAAAAAAAAAAAAGGAGAAAAAAUGUUGAUAUUCUUAAUUAGAUUUUUUCUCAAAACAAAUAAAUGAUUGUUGAGAAAAAAAAAUAAUUGUUUUAAAUAAUUUAUGUCCAUAUAUUAUUAUGUUUUCAUCAAAUUUGUUUUUUCGAGAGAUCUUAAAAUAUAUAUUUUUCAUUUAAACGAAAAAUUAUAAACUAAAAAAAAAAUUAUAAUAAUAAUAAUAAAUAAAUGGACGCAGACACGAUCGAUCUCAAACAAAUUAGUUGAUCUUAUUCAUAGAAGAGUACGGAUAAUUAUUUUUAAAAACUAGUUGUUGAGGUAAACACGUUUGUGAAAACAAAAUUGUGCAAGUACUCACUCACACGGGUUUGUCGUGAAUUCAAUUCAUUUUUAAUGCAAACUGCUAGACGCGACAUUAGUUGCGUCGUUCAUCGGAAUUUAUUAUAUUGGUAUUUUAUUCUCAGAUUUCUAAAAAAAAAAACAUUUUUAUUUUCCCGAGUGAACUCGCUUUACGAGUCAACCGAAUCGUUUCACAAACUUCGUCCAUCAAGGCAUAAAUGUAAAAAUGUUCUAGGUUUAUUUUGAUAAAAUACAAGUUUUCCUGUCUGUAAAGUGUGAUAACUUAUUGGUUCUAACGAAGAAAACUAUUUAUGUAGCGUAAAAUUUGAAUUGCCUCGUUUCACGAUACUGUUUUGAGUUAUCAUUAUUAUGUAUUAUAUACAUCAUAUUUCGUGCAUUUAAAAAUAUAUUAUGAAAUAUUGUGAAUACAAUAAUAUUAUUUGUUGAAAACGUUAAACAUUUUCGCGCGCCUAGACCAUAGAAUAUAGAGAUAUUUAACUAUAUUGAUUUAAAUAAUCGUAAAAAAAAAGAAAUAUAUAAUAAAAAAAACAAAAGUUAAAUUAAUUUUAACAAAACGUUAGAAAUAAAUUUGUUGAACGAAUAUUUAUUUAUGGUCCUUCAAAAUAUGUCUGGAGCAGACACUAUAAAACCUAUAUCUAUAUUAUACAUUCUUUACAUAAAUAUAUUCAUAUGAAUUUUCGUUAUAGGCGUACACAAACCUAGAAUUUUAUCGUUGAUUAUUUUAAGAGAAAAAAAAUUGUUAUUGUUUUUACUUCAAUAAUUUUUUAUUGUUAUUUUAUGGAGUACAGUUGUAUAUAAUUAUAAAAUAUUAUUGUACAGUAAGUAAUAAUAUUGUGCGACGAUCAAUGUAAGUAUACGUAUUUGUUAUGAGGGAUAUGAGGAAAUAUGAACGAUAAUUUUUAGUUUUUGAAUGAACAUUUCAAAUGGUUGAAGAUUUUAUACCGCAAAUAAAUACACUCGACUAUUUUUAUUAUUUGAUUAAAACAUUUUAAUGUUUAUAUUUUAGAUCUUAUAUACUUUAACCUUUUAAAUGACAUAAUAUUAUGCAGGUCAGAUAAAUUUAUACAAGUUACAGAGUAGGUGUAAGUUCUUAAUAAAUAUAAGAAUAUUAUAACCGGGAACAAAAGUGUGUAAUGUAAAUUUUGCAUUGCCUUAUUUAAAGUACUAUGUCCCAUAUUUGGCUUUUUACAGAGGGGAUGGUUUUAGGCAGGGGUGUAAUUUGGUUAUUUGUGACUUGUAUUAAAAAUCAAUUGGUCUAUUGUUUUUAUUUUUAGAAGUUAAAGUGAGACGUUUAGAAACAUAACAUAUAUAUAUUUAUAUUGAACCAAAUUGAUAAAAUAUACUCGAAUACUUUCGACAGUACGUAAUGUAAAAUUUAAUACCUAUUUUAUGUAUAUACAAUAGUAAUAAUAAACCAAAAAUUCUCAUUAAAAUCUUACUUUAUAGACAAUAUAAAACUGCACAGUGUGUUUCCUUCUAAAUGUAAUAUGAAUUAUUUCUGUCCAGUGAGUUCAGAUUGCAAUCGGAUUUUCAGGAAAAGCUAGAGAAUACUGAAAUACACAUUUUUUGAAAAUUUUCAAAUAUUUGCCUUCUUGUUGUACGCAUGUACAAUACAACUUGCAUUUUUUAAAUGGUAACAUAUAUUUUAAACACCAAAUUUGAUUAAGUCAUUUUGGCCUUUUACCCGUUGAUCUCAAAGCAAAAUUGGUUAAAUGAAAAUUAGUUGAACUUUUGAUUUAAAUGGAUUCAUUUAUUAAAAAAACUUUAAACAAAUUGACAAAUUGAGUAAUGCGCUGAUUGCAGUCACAUAUGGAUAAUGAUUUGUUAAAUUUUGAAAAGCUCGUUUAUAAGAUAAGUAUUGGUGUUUAAUAAUUGUAUAAAAUAAAUAGGUAAUAGAGAUUACAAAAAUUGUGUCAAUUUGUUUAAAGUUUUCUUGAUAAAUUAACCGAUUUAAAUUGAGAAUUUAACAUAUUUUCAUUCAAUUAAUGUUUGCUUUUAAAACCAAGGUUAAAAGGUUAAACGACUAAAACGAAUUAGGUCUAUGCAAAUUUGAUGUUUAACUACAUUUUACCAUUUACAAAAAAUGCAAGUUAUAUGUACAUGUGCACAACAAAAAGGUAAAAAUUUGAAAAUCUUCAAAAAAAAUGUGUAUUUCAGUAUUCUCUAGUUCUUCCCGAAAAUCUCAUUUAAAUUCGAAAUCACUGGAUAGAAGUAUUUCGUGUAACUUUUAAAAGAAAACAACACUGUAUAUUCUACGGUGCAAAUCCACAUCAUAUUAUUAUUUUACUCGAUUAAAACGUGUUCGCAUAUACUAUUAUAAAUUAUAGAAUCCUGAAAAGUGAAAGUGUUGAUUAUGAUUUACAAGUUUCACUUUAUAAUAGUUUUAAUUUUUGUCAAACAUUUUCGGCUGUACAACCACCAAUUUUUCGUAAACUCCCGCAUAUUACGAACAAGCUAAUCCCACCCUAAAAUUCGAUUUUUACUUCUAUAUCGAUUAAAAAAAAAACUGUAUAAUAAAUCGAUAAAAAGUAGUUACACAAUAGCAUCAUAAUCCAAAAUUGUUCAGCAAGUUUGCACGCAUUUACAGCGCAGCAUAAUAUCAUACGUGCGAUAAUGAUUAAUUUCCAGUUGUAUUAUCAUAAUUUUUUUUUCUUUCUUUUUACAGCGAUCAUUCGAUAAGCACUCGUGUAGAACGACUGGACGAAGCAAUGAUGGAACAGUCCCGAGCGCUAGGCGAACCGAGCGGAUUAUGA